GGCUGCCGCCCGCUGGCUGCGUGCGCUUCACGUUAGGCUGCGCCUCCCCCUUUCCUUUUCUCUUGCUUGGCUGAGGGGUCGGAGCCGCCGCCGGUCCCCCCCCCCCGUCACCCGCCCGGGCGAGCCACGGCAAGAUGGCGGCGGUGAGCGGGGUGUCGGUCGUGGCCCGGCUGGAGGGCCGCGAGUUUGAGUACCUGAUGAAGAAGCGCUCGGUGACGGUAGGCCGGAACUCGUCCCAGGGCUCGGUGGACGUGAGCAUGGGCCACUCCAGCUUCAUCUCCCGCCGGCACCUGGAGAUCUUCACGGCCGAGGAGGGCGGCGGCGAGUUCUACCUGCGCUGCCUGGGCAAGAACGGGGUGUUCGUGGACGGCGUGUUCCAGAGGAGAGGGGCCCCACCGCUGCAGCUCCCCCGAGUGUGAGUCACAGAGCCCCCCAUAACGGGCUGGCCCAGAGCCCCCCAUAACGGGCCGUGCAGGGACCGAUGGGGGGGCGGGGGGCGGACACACCGACAUGGAAACUGGGGGGGGCACAACGACAUGGAAACUGCAGGGGGGAGACCACCACUACACACAAGGGGGGGAGGGGAGAGGGAUUGCAAGAGAGGGGGCCCCCCCAUGCUGAGUGCAAGAGGGGAGGUGGUAUAAUAAGAGAAGGGGGGGGGCUCUCAUGCAGAGGGGAGGUGGUAUAAUAAGAGAAGGGGGGCUCUCAUGCAGAGGGGAGGUGGUAUAAUAAGAGAAGGGGGGCUCUCAUGCAGAGGUACAAAGUGGAGGUGGCAUAAUAAGAGAAAGGGGGUCUUUGUACAGAGGGGAGGUGGCAUAAUAAGAGAAGGGAGGCCUUUGUAUAGAGUGUAGGUGGCAUAAUAAGAGAAGGGAGGCCUUUGUACAGAGGGGAGGUGGCAUAAUAAGAGAAGGGGGGCCUUUUUCAGAAGGGAGGUGGCAUAAUAAGAGAAGGGAGCUCUCAUGCUGAGGGAGGUGGUAUAAUAAGAAGGGGGGCUCUCAUGCAGAGGAGGUGGUAUAAUAAGAGAAGGGGGGGCUCUCAUGCAGAGGUGGUAUAAUAUAAGAAAGGGGCUCUCAUGCAGAGGGAGGUAAUUAUAAUAAGAAGGGGCUCUCAUGCAGGGGGAGGUGGCAUAAUAUAAGAAGGGGGCUCUCAUGGGGGAGGUGGUAUAAUAGAAGGGGGCAGCACUGUAUAGAGGGAGUGGCACAAUAAGAGAAAGGGGCCUUUUCAGAAGGGAGGUGGCAUAAUAAUAAGAGAGGCUCUCAUGCAGAGGGAGGUGGCAUAAUAUCUGAGAAGGGGCUCUCAUGCAGAGGGAGAGUGGCAUAAUAGAGAAGUGCUCUCAUACAGAGGGAGGUGGUAUAAUAAAGAAGGGGCCUUACUCUGUACAAGUGGAGGUGGCAUAAUAAGAGAAGGGGUCUUUGGCUGGGGGAGGUGGCACUUAAUAGAGAAGGGAGGUGGCAUAAUAAGAGAGGGGAGGUGGCAUAAUAAGAGAAGGGGGGCUCUCAUGCAGAGGGGAGGUGGCAUAAUAAGAGAAGGGGGCCCUUUGUACAGAGGGAAGGUGGCAUAAUAAGAGAAGGGGGGCCUUUGUACAGAGGAGAGGUGGCAUAAUAAGAGAAGGGGGGCCUUUUUCAGAAGGGAGGUGGCAUAAUAAGAGAAGGGGGGGAGCCCUCAUGCAGAGGGAUGGUAUUGCUUAUAGGAGACGUAUUGGUAGAAACAUUAGUGCAGUGGGAAUAAGAGAGGGCGCAUUUAUGCUCAUAGGUGAUAGGAAACAAAAGGAUUUUAUCAUCUAUCCAUCAUCUUUGUAAAGGGACAUUAGAAGUGCCCUCCCUUAUGGUGCAUCACUCCAGUAUGUCAGAUGCACCAAAGGGGGUGCUGAAUGGGGCCUGAUCAUUGGGCAAAGGGUAAUGCAGGGUUCCAUUGAACAGGGCUGUAUCUGGAACUGAUAGGGUUAUUAAUAUUGGAGGGUAAAUGUACUUGCUGAUUGGAGUAAUGGGAGAGGAGUGCCAUUUAUGUUAUCUGUCUUUCUGCCAAAUUCAGUCCUUCAGGCUUUGAACACUGAAGGAAGUUAGUUAUCUGUUUGUUUUUGUUUUUUCCUGCCCACAUUGUGUUUUGUCUCUUUUCUCAGAGUUGGUGAUGAAAAUGUUUGGGUUUACAUUGGUUUCUGUGUACUUUAUAGGAAUUAUUUUUCAGGUAUGUGCAAGCCCAGCAACAAUACUGAGGCCAAAAUGCCAGCGAGAUGUCACAAGCCACCAAAACAAUUUUUUUUUUUUUGGCUUGGAUUAAAUCCUGGCAUGCUUUCAUUCAUUCACUAACUGCAUCACAUGGUUGAGAUAGUAGGAUAAUAGGCAGUGCAAUGUUUACAGUUUGAACUCCCAAGAUGCACUUGGCUUCUGACUUGUGUGAUAGCUAUGUUCAUGUGCUUAUCCAUUACAUUGUGUUUCCUGUUUAAUCAAACUUCAUUUUUGUGUUUGGUUCUUCGUCCAUGUGUUUAAAAUUUUGAUUAGCUGCUUAAUAAUGAAGUGCUGGCUCCUUUAGGAAGGUUGCAAGUGAUACUGCCUUGUCAUUGUGUAGUCACUCAUAGUGUGUACUUGUGUUGCGUAUCUUACGAACACAUCUAUUGGCUCUCACUUGCUGCAAGAUAGUAUUCCUGCUGCCAUUAGCAUUAUUGUACAUGAUUUUACAAAUGCCUUUUUACUUAGGAAACCUGUUAAAUCUUGAGUACUUGUAGUUUGCUCUCUCUGAGUACAUAUUGAAGGGAUAUUUUGCUCGCCUGCGGAGUGGUUGCAGUGUUUAACUUUUUUAGAAUGCUACAAAUGUGUUUCUUACCCUUGUGAUACUCCUAAAUUGUCUUGGCAGAGAAUAACUGUAUAUCAUAUAUUGUCAUCUAAAGAUUGUACAGGAAAGUAAAUAUGAUACUCUGUUGCUAUUGCAUGCUUGCGUUAUGCAAACCAAUGUUCAUACAUCUUGAUCUGUUAUAGCUUGCAGUCUGAGCACAUGGAAAGAGUAGACUUUGUUGAAAAUAAUAGAAAAGUGGGGCAAGGUUCUAAAAGUGGAGCAGUCUCCGUGGAAACUAGUGGAAUGUUCCUGUUGACCCCUUUUGAAUUCCAAUGUGAUUGCUCCAUGUUUAGAGCAUUAACUAAUUGCAACUUUUUUUUUUUUUUCUUUAACUGAAUCCAUUGUUAUUGUAACAUCCAAAUUCAUUGUUAUAUCUCCCUUGUGCUUUGCUUGGUUAUAUUUACGGGAGCAAUCUGGUUUUAUACACGUAAUCACAGUGAGUAUUUUGCAUACUUAAUGUCCUUGAAUGAACAAAUGUUGCUUUUAUUUACAUAUUCGUUGAUUGGCAUGACCUUGUUUGUCAUUUUCUUCUGAUUCAAACAUUGUUUUUCAUUUUAUAGUAUUCACUGAAAACAAGGUAUUUUAUAUCAUUGCCUGUUGCAUGUGAGAGACUAUAUACUUCUUAUAGAUAUGCCUGAUGGAUUAAACUCUACAUAGGUCAUUACAUGCUACUUAAGGAGGGCUUUAAAAGCCCAAAAUUUUAAGUGAGAAAUACUUAGAAACUAUUAUAGAUGACACACUAAGCAAAACACUGGUUAAUGUCAGUAAGGUACAGUCAUGUAUAGAAAUGUUUAUAAAAACAUUUUUAAAACACCAUAAUCACUUCAGCUUCUUUUAAUGCCAGGUGUGCUCUGGCACCAUCCUUUGGUAGGUUGUCAAAUUGGCUUAGUGUGGUUUGACUGCACACUUUGCUUUCAUGAAGCGCCUACGCUACAUCUGUUCUUCUCUAGCAGGACACCCCGGUAAGUUGUCAGACCAUGCUAAAACUAUUUGACAUUUUAUAGGGCACUUCGGGCACCAUAACCACUGCAGCGUGUUGGAGUGUUCCUUUUAUUCACAUGAUAAAUAUAUUUUGUCUUUUUAUGAACAGAUGGAAGGACUUCAGUUUCAGUGUGCUUUGCAUCUUGCGCAUUGUGUUUAUAGAAAGCUAUAGCAGAACUUUUAAAAGUUGGUACAAAGUUAGAAGAAUGGAAGGCUAGAAUGUAAAUUUUUUAUUUUUUUGUUUGCUUUAGAAAGACAUGAGUGGAUAAGACUGCACUAUACAAAUAAAUACUGGGCCUCUGUUCCUCCCCCUGUAAUCUGUUAAUUAACAGGACUCUACUUACAUACUUCUAUGUGAUACAUUCUCUCUCCUUCCUCACAUAUUUUGUACAGUGCACAAGAAAGAUUGGUUGUCUGUGCAUUUUUUAUGAAGAUGUUUGAGCUGCAGUCUUGGUUAGUUAGCAAUCUGUCCUUUUCCUUUUGUAAAACAAAUACGUUUAACUGCCCGUACCUUUUUUUUAAGAACACGUGAUUCAAGCAUGUUUCUGAGUGUCGACCUUUGAUUCUGACAGCAGUAUCUCCUGUUUGUCCCUCCCAUUCCCAACAAUAAUUUUCCUCUGGUUGAUUAUGCCGAUUUGGCUGUGAUUUCAGACUGCCCCCACUCACCUUAAUGCAGUUGUGGCCUUCCACCUGCAUCCUAAAGAGCUUGGGAGUGUGUGCAAUACUGGCAGCCUAAAGCUUCACCUAUCAGUUUAACGUUAAACAUGACUCAUUACACAAAUUGCUCAUUAAAGUUUUACUUUCUGUGGUUUAUUUAGCAAGAUUUCUGCAGAGCCUUAGAUUGUUCUAUUUAACGAUUUUUAUAUCCUAAAUUGAGCAGCCAUACACUGUGCACGUUUUACUAGGUUUGCUAAUAUUUUGCUUGAAGACACUCGAACACAAGGCUUUUGUGAGUUUUGGUCUUGCUUAGAUCAUAGAUCUUAAAGGGACACUAUAGGCACAAAAACAACCUUAGUUGAAUAAAGCGGUUUUGGUGUGUAGAUCAUGCCCCUGCUGUCUAACUGCUCAAGUCUAGUUAAAUCACUUUGUUUACACUGCCUUAGUUACACCUCCCUUCAUGUAAUGUACACAACCUUCCUAAACACUUUCUGUAAAAAGAUCUAUUGUUGCUACUUUCUUUUUUGUACAUUCUGUUUAAAUUAGAAUUUAUCUCCUGCUGUAUUGGUAGCCUGCUAGAGCCUUAAUUUGCGUCCUGUAUGUGAUUAAAGCACAAUUUGCACUGCAGAAGACAUAGACUACUAAAAGUUGAUACUUAAAAAUAAAACCAUUAUUUUCAUGCAGGCUGUUUUAGUCACAGCCAGGGGAGGUGUGGGUAGGCCUGCAUAAACACUAUAGUGUUAGUGAUACAUGCUUGUGUUCCUUUAAGCUAAGGUUGUCUUGAUGCCUAUAUACCUUUUAAAUAUAUAAUUCAAAAUAGGGUUUCUAAACUUUAAUGUUUGGUAGUUGUUCCCUACAAGGAAUUAAGUGGUUUUAUCAAUAUUACACAGGUCUGAGCUGAAAUAUAUUUGUUACAACAUAUACCCACAUCUUUUGUGUGUGUGUGUGUGAAGCAGGUUGUUUAGGAAGUUGAUAAGAUGUUGCAUGAAUAAAAAAAAUCUCCAAUUGGCUCCUUUUGUAUCUAGCACUUGGUCUGCAAACAUCACAUGGCAAUACAGAUAAAUGCAGAACCACCGGAUGUCAUUGUGGUGCAGUGUUGUGCAUUGCUCCCCUGUGUUUCACUGCCUGAAUCCUAUCACAAGGCCUCAAAGGAACACUGAGAAGCCAUUGCACAAGGUCAAUGCACACACGGCUUUAGCUUGAAAUAGUCUGUGAAUUGGUCAUUCACACUGCUGGGCCUGCGAAAUCCCGCUAUCCCAAUCAACUCUACUGCCCUUGAGUUCCCCUUGUCCGUUUUUGGUACCCCUAUCCACAAAACUGCACCUCCCACCUUACUGACUGCAAAUUCCAAUGAAAAUAUGCACUUGCAUAUAAUCAGCACAGCAUCGAACAUGGCAUAUAGUGUUAUCCCAUUUCCUAUAUGCAACAAACCCCAGUGUGGACAAUAUCUGUAUAACCCCAUGCUAGAACAAAAUGACAUUUCUUCUGAAUAUUCUGGAAGUUUCUCCUGCUGUCACAGGAUUUUCCUGAAAUGAUUGUGUACAUCUAUCAGCCUACGCCGGCAUGUACAUUUGUUUACCCCAGGACUGCCUGGCAAUGCUAAAACGAUACACUUGCAGAAUGAAAGCAAGAUUUGUUUCAUAUUUAAUAUGCUUUUUUUUUUUUUUUUUUUCCUCUAAGCAUUUUCUGUGUGUGCAUAGCAGCACUGUAGUGUCAGAGAGCAAAAUAUAGAAAUAAGCAGAGAACAGCUUGCUUCCUGAGACCUGCAUGUAAAAUGCAUGGUUUAAUAAAGACAAUAGGGGAUAUUUGUCUUAAGAUCUGAAAUGUACAGCAAGUUUUGAAAGUGAAGACAUAAACAAUGGAAAAUGCAUAUUAUUGUUUUGUGCCAGAUUUCUGAACAUUCGACUUUGACGAACCUCCCCAUGAGUUUAUAUUUUAGCCCCAGGUCUCAGUGGAGAGUAAAAUGUUGACAAUUUCUUUUUUGUAUUUGAUCACUGUUUUGUAAGCAAGUUUUGUUUUUGUUUUGUUUUUUAGUUGGAGAAUAUUCAUGAAAAGGGGUGUGUGUUUGUGUGUAUGUAAACACGCACUAUUUGCAUGCUACAAACUGACCUUUGUAUUUACCAAAGUGUUUGUAUAAGACCAACAUCUUACCAUAGAUGGUAUUUAUGUGACAAUAACAAUCAAACUGAAGUACUAUAAGUGCAAACUAUUUCUACUAAGGCUUUACAACUAGGCUGUCUGUAAACCACCUGUUAAGGCGGCAAACCUUUAAUUUUGUGCUGCAUUACACAAACUGUUGUUGUUUGCUAGGACUGUGUUUUGGACCUUCUCUGGAAGCAAAAACCUUGAACAGCAACAUGUGAACAGUCCCCUCUGUGAGUGCAGCCAGGGGUGUGAUGUGUCAGCAGGGAGUGAAUGCAGCCGUGGCAACCAUAUAUAAACAAUGCAGAAAGGCAGCCUUAUCCAAUGUUGCCAUGUACGGGAUGUUUACACUCUCCUCCCCUCCCACCCUCUGUGGGCACAGCUUGUUUGUGACUGGAGCUCAGAUCCCUCCCUCCUACCUCCAAGCUAAUUUCAGCUUUGUUUACACCAGGCACUGCUACAAAUAAACAGCUGUCCGUGUUUUCCAUAUACAGAACAAUAGGGAUUUGCAGAGCAAUGUUUAUAUCCAAUGCAUAUCAAAGAAUGUUCUGUAUAGAGAGGAUUAAAGGAGAACUCCAUUUUAUUUAACGUUUUAGUACUGUGCACAUGAACUAGCACUUUCCCCUUUUCAUUGUAAAAAGAUCAACAUGACUUUGUAAAGCGUUUCCCUUGAUAAAAUGUGUAGUUGUUUGUUUUUGUUUUUCUGUUAUAUUAUUUUUUUUAUUGUUUACAUUGCCAACCUAUUUAACUGCUGAAAUAUACAAACACGUUGUUCUAAAUAUUAGCAAGCUCUAAAUAAGAAUUCUGUGACACUAAACAGCCCUCUAAAAGUUAUUUUACACAAGAAUUUCAGGUCUGGUAGGUUGUUGGCAAACAAAAGUGCCUCUCCUGCUAACUUGGAGGAUAUGGUGAAAUGGCUGAGUGGGCGGAAGAAUGUGAAUGUUGGGAAUUCAGUAUGUGGGCCUCAUUAUUUUUAACACACUCUUGGUGAUACCUUAAUUUUAAUGGGGUCACUCGUUGCAUAUGGCAGAAGGUGCCCCUGAGGAAUGAUCCCAACUUCUACACCGUUAUUAGACUCUUCUAAAUUGGGCCUGUUCUUUUUCAAACAUUGUUUUGGCAUAUCUUGAGCUAUUCCCAAUCAAUAUGAGAAUAACUUCUACACUAGAAUGAAUUUGUCAACUUGUAGUAUUGUUUGAACUGCUAAGUGCUCUCGCUGUGAAACAUGUAUUUUGGCUAAGCAGCAGCAACAUUGUAAGAGAUUGAAUGGUAUAGCUCUGAGUCUUAUUUCCCCCCAUAUUACUGUUUGUGUGCUAAUUGGAAACUUUUUUUUUUUUUUUCUCCUCCAGUCUGUUGGCUCUCACUGUGUGUAAACAUUAAGAGGAAAUGUCUCCUACAAACUUGAGUGAAUGAACAGCUCAUAGCAGGAAGUUACGUUAUACUCAAACACGUGUUUGUAUAUGUGGCUCAGCAGACUGCAUGGUCUAUUCACUAAAUGGCUAAUUGUAGCCAAACUAUGACUAACACCUUUUUGUUUGAUUUAUUUUUCCUCCCAACUUUUAGUUCACUCCAAAAUGGUGUUCCCUUAGUUUCAGGCAUUCUAAGCAUGUACAGUUGUUGUUAGGAAAUGUGGUCGCAUGUUGGGAACCUUACAUUUUUGCUUUUCAUUUAUUUUUGAAUUCUAAAUAUGUCAGAUGUUUCAGAUUUUGAAUUACUUCUAAGUCCAGCUAAGUUUUUGAAUCUUUUUAGGGUUUAUAACUAAAUAGUGGGUUGUCUGAAACUUGAUGAGUGAAUGUAUAAUUUUUAGCCACUGUAGCUUAGUUAAAAACCUAGCGUAGUUGAGCAAUUUUUCCAGUUGGAGUGUUUUGCCUCAAAUUUUAUUUGGUAAAUUUCUGCCAAAUAAUGGUUUUAUGAAAAACUACUAGAAAGCACUGUAGUGUCUAUGAUCUGUAGACUAUACCUUGUAAUGUGUCAAAUUUUUGUAAACAAACCUUUUUUUUUUUUUUUUGGAAAACAUUUAGUUCAGACAAUUACUUUUUAACUUCUUAUAUACCAUGACGAUGCUUUUCCCUACAAGUGUGCUGUGUAAUUGUCAUUGGAGAAAUUUCCAACCGUUUUAGGUGUGUCUGUGAUUUAUAUAUAUAUAAAAAACACAUUCCCAUGAUUCUUUGGUUAGUUUACUCACAUGGAAUCAUGGGAUAUUUGAAACGGACGCAUGUCAGAUCAGUCUUGCAUUCAAUACAAAUUUGAAUACAAUAGCUUUAUUUAAAAGCACUAAGUAGCUCAUUUUUAUUAGAUCAUUAACAUGUCCAUUUCAAAAAUCUGUUUCUCUUACUGAAAAGCAUAUUCCCAGUACAUUCUAUCUGUAUGUGAUUGUACAUUUAAAUACAUUUGCACCUUGGCUUGUAUACAGUGAAGCAGUGAUUUCUCGGUUUUAAUCAAUGGGCCUCACUCACAGAAUUAUUUUGCAAGCCCGGAUCUCUCUUUCCGCCCUGGCCGAUAGGUACCCUAAUAUGCUGCAGGAGUUACACCUCUGGGAGAAGAAGGGUUAAUCAAUGUAUGUGCAGCGUUUCACAGCAGAUUCCAGCCACCACGACCACUUGAGAUGACUUAAGUGGUCAUGGUGCUUGGAGUAACAAUUUUAACAAAUAUAUAUAUAAAAGCUUGAAGAAAACCAAAAAAAAAAUCCCGUCUAGUUGUCUCACAGGCACCCUUAUCAAUGUCUUGUGAGUUACACUAGCUUCAAGCUGUGUGAUUAACCCUCCUUGCAGAGUAUAUUUUAUACCACCAUGGUGGCUUCCUUGCCAGCACAUGUUCUUGUGAAUGUAGUGUUGUCCUUCACUUGGUUCUUUUGGCAAAAAGCAAGUGAAACAAUGUAAUUGUUGUGACUGUGCCUAAAGGUAUUGAGUUUCUCCUGCCUGACAAUCCUUUUUCUGCAUACAGGGUUAGAAUGAGAAUUGAUUGACAGGUGGGGAGGUAACGCCUAGAUUUACUUAGCCUUUCCUUUUAUGUAUUUGCUAGUAGCAGAAUGUCACACAGUGCCCUGCGUUGUAGCCGAGGGCAAGUUGGGUAUAUUUUAUUGGGACUCUGAGGCUUAGAGACCUGUUAAAAUCUACCUGACAUGCCAUCAACUACAAUCCAAGGGCAUUGUAUAACAUUUUAGUCUAACCAUUGCAGCUCAUUGUAUGGAACAAGGCUCUCCUGACACCCAUGGCUGGGCUCCUCUGCUGCCUUAUAAAUAAUGUAUUACUUUCGCUUUCAAAUUAUCCGUGCAAAAACUUACACAUUUGGAUGUCUGUGAGUGCUGGGUGCUGGAAUUACUAUAAGCAAUAUGGAGCACAGUCACAUCCAAUGUUUUCUCCAGAUGCUAACAAUUCAGAUUGUAUGUUUUUGUUUUAGUAGUGCUCUGUAUAUGUUUGAUUAUAUCACUCACUUUCCAUCUGCUGCUACGGGACAUGCUGGGAGGAAUUCAUAGAUUGUAUCCUGCUGACGUUAGCCUGCAUAUCCUAUUUCUUAGGUGUAGCAGAUCAGGCAUGGUUUUCAAGGCUGUGCUUUGCAAUGUCGCUAAAAUCUGCAGGCAAUCUAGUGACCACAUCACUCUGUAUUGUGAGUGUGGUUUUAUGAACUGUACCCUAACUUACGGUGGGAAAUAACAAGCACUACUUUUGCAGUCUGUGGCCUGUCUACCACAGUCUUCUUUUAGGUCGGACUUUGUUUAAUGUUUGAAACGGUCUUUGUCCACCAGCUCAUCCAGUAACUGUAAAAGAAAGUGUGAGUGUUUUUCAUUAAUGAAAGCACCUGAUGUGUAUUUUGACUUGUUUACAGAGAGCAAAAUCUUAACUUUUGUCAGUGAUUUGCUUCUCUGGCCAGUGCCCAGGGCAGACACAGCACAAACUUCAAAUGUUUCCAAUGUUAGAUAUAACAUGCAUAGUGUAGUCUUGUAGCAAGUUAGGGUUGGAGUUCUGUGGUCAAUUGAACCCAUAUUUCCACGGACACUCAGUGCUGCAGUGUGAAAUAUUAAUCUCUAGCUGCUAGUGCGUAGGCUUUGUGUUAUUGAAGAAGUGCAUUUGAAAACUACCCUAGGUGGGUUUUAUAACCUAAUAACCUAGAGCAAAUCUACACCAAUAGUGUCAGGAAAUCAUCAUCUGUUCUACUUGCAAGUAAUGUCUUUCUGGCCUUCAGACAUUUUCAUAACACUUUUUAUUUUAUUUUUAUUUUAUUUAUUUUGUUCACAUAGCACAAAUGCCCAGCAGUUCUGGAUAAAUGUCUAUGCCGGACUUGCAUACCGUCUCCUGCCUAAAUCUGCCCAGAUCUCUGGCUCUGUAAAGCUAUUACAAUAUUCCAGGGCUCAUACCCUGUCCUGUAUAGUGUGUGUGUGUGUAUGACGCCAUGUUGGCGUAAUUGCUAUGGUGGUAUAAUGUUAAUGUUUAUCGUUAGGGCAGUGAAAAUGGAACCUGGAAAAAUAAACUUGCCCUUAUCACACCUAAAUGAUAUAUUUGGUGUAAAAUAUUGAGAUAUGCUCAACUCGCCUCUGUUCCAGCACCACCAUCUUCUGAGCAUCGUGGUUUACUCUUCAUGUAACACCCACCACCAGUAUGUCCUCGGCCCCUGAUACUGGUUUCUGUAAUUUGGUCCUCAGUGAUGACAUGCUGGCUUUUUUUGCCAGCAUCUGAACUAAGUGAUGUAAUUCACGGUGUUCCUUUAUUCCCUUGCCACCUCUGGCAGCAUCGGCUUAAGAGUUUUUAGCAGAGCAAACAUCUUCAUUGACGCCAUCGUGCUGGCUUCAUUGCCAGCCUGCCGGCAUCUGGAGUGAUGUCGAUUGCUCUGCUUCAAUACUUGAUAGCCUGUGGGACCUACAUCGACUAAGGAGUUUACAUAGCAACCACAGUGCAUGUGCUGUGGUUGGCUUGCUUGGGUCAGCAGGAAGACAUUUUAUCCCUUUGUCAAAUUGUUGUAAUUUUGGUUAUUUUGUAAUAGGUUUUUCUCCCAAUCUAUACACUUGCUAGCAAAUCUGUUAGCACAAGGUAUAGAAGGGCAGAAUAGAUGCCCUUUAAGGGGAGGACUUUAGUGUAAUUUCAACAUACAUGUGGAAGUUAGUCCAUUCAAGGCCAAAUGAACAGAGUUGAAAUUGUAGGUAGCUUUGAGAUUUGUUUCCAGUUAAAGGGACACUAUAGUCACCUGAACAACUUUAGCUUAAUGAAGCAGUUUUGGUGUAUAGAACAUGCCCCUGCAGCCUCACUGCUCAAUCCUCUGCCAUUUAGGAGUUAAAUCCCUUUUGUUUAUGAACCCUAGUCACACCUCCCUGCAUGUGACUUGCACAGCCUUCCAUAAACACUUCCUGUAAAGAGUGCCCUAUUUAGGCUUUCUUUAUUUCAAGUUCUGUUUAAUUAAGAUUUUCUUAUCCCCUGCUAUGUUAAUAGCUUGCUACAAUCUGCAAGAGCCUCCUGUAUGGGAUUAAAGUCCAAUUUAGAGAUUGAGAUACAAUUAUUUAAGGUAAAUUACAUCUGUCUGAAAGUGAAACCAUUUUUUUUUUUUUUUUUUCCAAUGCAGGCUCUGUCAAUCAUAGCCAGGGGAGGUGUGGCUAGGGCUGCCUAAACAGAAACAAAGUGAUUUAACUCCUAAAUGACAGUGAAUUGAGCAGUGAAAUUGCAGGGGGAUGAUCUACACACUAAAACUGCUUUAUUUAGCUAAAGUAAUUUAGGUGACUAUAGUGUUCCUUUUAAACUCCUCAGCUAGAGUUGCCAUGUGCUAUUCAGUCUUUUCCCAAUGGUGUUCUGCUCUUCUGUAUCCUCAUCUCAUCUGCCAUCUUUUACUUAUUAAAACUAGAUCUCUAAAGUAAAAGAUUCCGACGCUGGGAGAUCUAGAAGCAGAUUGGAUAAAGUUUCUUUUUAUUGAUUGAGCCACUUUAAGCAACUAAAUGUUUUUAACUUGAGGUUUUUUAUUUUAUGUUCAGAAUGCAUGGUUUGUCAACUAUAUUUUUAAUAAGUUGUAUUAUGUUUCAUCCAUCUGAAGUAUUUCCUUCUGUUGGCUUUCUAACGGUACAUGUGGUGGGAAACUGUACGGAAGGAAUGUGAUCAGUAAGUGGAUAGUCUCCUCCUGAGCAUUGUGCUUUUAGGAGAAAGUGUGUUUGUUGGUGAGAAUUGGGGUGGGGAGGGUUAGUCAGGAAACUGUACAGAACCUGAGAGCCUGCUUUUCCUCAUUCACGAUUACCGCAGCUUUCAGAAGUAAAGAAUGUAAACAAGUGAUACAUACAUUUGUGGAAAGCAGACACACAUUGCUUUCAGAGAACAAAAUCUAUCUAGCUAUGUAUCAAUUUUCCCUUCUUAUUGUUGAGUGGAUACACAGCCCUGGCAAGUAAAUAUUGCCUUUUCCUAGCCAUUUAGACCUGCUGUGAGGAAGCAGAUUUAUUCAGCUUGAAAGAACCUAGACAGCUGGUUUUAAGCUCCAGGCGUUAAGCCCUCUUCCUCUCUAACUAACCAGCAGUUGGUUUGACAGUCAUGUUUCCCGUACUAAAGCUGCAGCUCCAAACUCUUCUAGCCCAAGCCCUCCGCUGAAACACACACACACACACACACACACACAUCACAGGGAAGCUAGGGUCGUUGGAUACGCCAUGUUUCCCUGGGUAGACAUCACUUGCACAUAUUGAUGGGCAGCAUUUUGAAAGUGCUGCCUUGCAGUAUGUAAGAUUAAAAUACUGCUGGUCGGAAAUAAUCAUUGGUCCACAAUGAAUCCGACAAUUUGAAUUCCUACUAAUAUAGGGUAUCCCUUUUUAAUGUGCUGCCCAUGAACAUUAUGUGAUACAUUCUAGGAAAAUUGUGGUUAUGUAAAGAUCAAACAACAAGCAGGGCCAUGUUCUCUAGGCUCCUACAUUCCAGGCUGACUUGCAGGUGUGACUGUUAAUAACAUCAGUUACCAUCAGAGUAAAACAUUUUCAUCUCCUGACAUCACUGUGAGUAACCUUAAAUCAUAUACAUGCCCAAUUCUUAUCUCCAGUUUGCACUUUCCAUUGGCCUGACCUCUUAAUGUCUGCUUGUUGAUGGCACACGCUAACAACUCUAGCUUGCUGAAGCAGUUUUGGUGUAUAGACCAUGCCCCAUGCAGUCUCACAGAUUAAUUCUUUGCCAUUUAAGUGUUAAAUUACCAAGCAACGUGUAAUUUUCAAUCCGAUCGUACAGCACGUUCCAUAGUAAACACACUGUGCAAUAAAGGUAGCUAAAAUGUAGACUUAUUUUUCAAGAAGUGUGUAGGGAGGCUGUAUGAAUCAUAACCAGGGUAGGCGUGGCUGCAUAAAUAAAGGGAUUUUUUAUUUUUGUAUUUUUUUUAAAUUUUUUUUGUGUCUUCUAAAUGGCAGACAAUAGAGCAUUGAGACUGCACAGUAUUAUCUACACACCAAAACUGCUUCAUUAAGUUAAACUUGUUUUGAUGCUUAGAGUGGCCUGCCUUUAUAGUGAAUACAGUUUGUUUAGUCUGUUCCUUGUGCUUGAAAUUGAGAUGUUUUGUGGAAUAUAACGGUUUAAAAUAUUUUGGAAGGAUUUUGAGAGAAGUGUUAACUUAAUCCUUUUUAGUCCACUUAAGUAUUUCUGGACAAUUAUCUGUUUAGCCCAAACAUCCGCAGAGUGUUACAAUAUUGUAAAGGGGAAAUUAAAACUGUAGAUAACUGAAAUGCAAAAUUACGUUGAUAUAAAAAUUCCCUACUCAAGGUUAGAAUCUAGGAAAAUAAAUUCUAAGUUUUGUACAUGUAAAUGUUUUUAAUAGUAAGCAACCUAUGCACAUAAAUGUGGCUGUGUCAUUGCCAUUUGCUGGCUAGGCUACUGGUGUUUUAAAAUUCAUUUAAAGGAACACUAUAGUCACCUAAAUUACUUUAGCAAAAAUAAAGCAGUUUUAGUAUAUAAUUUACCUUAAAUAAUAGUAUCUCAAUCUCUAAAUUGAACUUUAAUCACAUACAGGAGGCUCUUGCAGGUGCUAGCAAGCUAUUAACAUAGCAGGGGAUAAGAAAAUAUUAAACAGAACUUGCGACAAAGAGCCUAAAUAGGGCUCUCUUUACAGGAAGUGUUUAUGGAAGGCUGUGCAAGUCACAUGUAGGGAGGUGUGACUAGGGUUCAUAAACAAAGGGAUUUAACUCCUAAAUGGCAGAGGAUUGAGCAGUGAGGCUGCAGGGGCAUGUUCUAUACACCAAAACUGCUUCAUUAAGCUAAAGUUGUUCAGGUGACUAUAGUGUCCCUUUAAUUCACUAUUUUCCAAGGUGUACACCACAGCUUCUCCUAGACGUGUCUUCAAGAGUCUGAUUUUAUUUGAAUUCCAAAGGUGUGUUUACCCAGAAGAUGGGCAUCUCUCUCACUUAUUGGUAAACUUGAACUGUCGGUCUGUAUUUUGGCAGGCCGUAGUUUGUUUGAUUUACAUCUGCAACCGUAGAGGUGCUGUAACGAGGUUGGUUAACAUGAAAAGGAACUCAGAAGAGAUUUAUCUUGUUUGACCUGCAAUUCAGUUUCUAAGAAUAUUCUUGGAAAGCCCAGAGUAGAUUGUGUGUGUGUGUGCUCUGUGGGCUGAAAAUACUGCAACAUUUCUUACUGGUAAAGGCCACGAUCGUCUCUUCCUGCUGUGGGUUUUCGGCUUGUAAUGAGGGGUGUCUGUAUUGUUACACUUUUUUAUUUUUUAUUUUAUUUACAUUUGUCGUCUUUUGUGCAGCUUUUUUUUUGGUUACAGAUGAGGCAAGACUCAGAAGGCUGUGCACACAUAGUUUGUAGCACAAACCAAAAAUAGGCCAUGUUUACAAGAAGUGGGUGUAGGGACAUUUGUGUGGAGGCAAGCAAUAGGAAAGAAUUGUGUUCUAUGGAAAGGCAGUAAAUGCAAUAAAUCCUUUUAGAAGGCAGAAAGUGCAACAUUUUUAUUUACAUCCAUCUGUGACUGUUGGUGGCAAAACAUAUUGCUCUUAACCCCUAUUUUGUUUAAAAAAAACAAACCAUAAAACAUUUUCCUUCUCGAGAUGUAGAAUCCUAUUGAACUUUCCUGUUCAAAUAUGUAUUUCAAUUUCCCUUGUGUUUAGAACUCAUUUCUCUGGUUUUAGUUUGACUGACCUAUUUGAGCUGCCGGGUAAAUUAAUCUGGCAGAUUGCUGUCGGCUGGGUAAGCAUUCUAGGUAAAUGUACUGCAGAGAAAAUCUGGAGUCAGAAUUUAGCUGCCACAGUUCUAAAUGAGCGAUAACCAGCAGGCCUCAUCUAGACAAGGUUCUCGAUCACAGAGCUGACCUUCAAGAUGUCUGCCCACUUCCUCGCUAUUGGAGUGAAAUCAGAUCAUGCCGUAUGCUUGACUCCCUGAUGACAGGAGGCAGGGAGGAAAUAGUCACACUUGUUAUGUAACUGUGCCGGAUAUUUAAGCAUUGCUGGAAUGCUUUUCCUCACACUGCUCCUGAAGCGUAACAUGACUGCAUUAACCCCUAAGAAGAGCAGCAUGCAAGAAGCUUGAAAUGUAUUGAGACUAAAGGCAGCUCACAUUCACUAGUAUAAGGCUUAGUAUAUGGUUACUUGUCCACAAAUUCGGAUAAACUUGGUUUAUUUACCCUAUUUUCAAUGUUUCCACUGCUACAGGCUCAAUGCAAACGUCAUAGUUUUGACUACUGAUCAGAGCUUCAGUUUGACAUUUUCUGUGUAAAUCUUUUAGACCCUGAUGAUCUUUCUUUACACACGGACAAAAAGAAUGGAAACCUAAUUUCCGGGCUCCCAAUCUUCACUAGCCACAGGGAAGUGAAAAUUUAGCCAUAGUGAAUAGAAUUGUUCACCACGGUGUGUAUGUUAUGGCUUGCUGUGGCGAGUACCUUUUUUAAAGGAAGGCUCUGGGCACCAUAACCACUUCAAUGGAAUGACAAUGUUAUGGUACCAGGAGGUCCUUGGCGCCAGCUUCCCUAACUGUAAAUCCCAGUUCCUGCAUCACGCACCCGAUCGCUCUGCCCCCUGUCCUUCUGCUAUUCAGAAUUGUGAGAAGUCUUGGCCAGGGGUUCCGCUAAUUGACUGGUAGCGUCAACUGAUGCUCUAAGCCAAUCAGUAGAUCCCUCUUUCAGAAAAUGGCUGCAGAAGCGUACAUAACUUUUUUUUUCAAGGCAUUGUGAGUGUGGAGAUACACAUUGGUUUCAAACAAAUGUUUUUCUCUUCAUCUAUGUUUACCCUGGCUUUGCCUUGUCUGAACUGUUCAUGAUGUAAUGUGCUAAAUCGUUAAUAUAAUUUAUAAAAGCAAACUAAGCAUCUCAUGGAAAAAGGUUCAUAGGCCAGGGCUUGACAAAUCUCCUUGGAAUCUAGGAGCCAGGUAGAACAGUUAGGAGCCAGAGAAAUCUACGCCAAAAAUAAAAUUCUUAGAGACACUAUGGUCACCAGAACCACUAAUUAAUGCAGUUGUUCUGUAGUCUAAUAUCCUGUCCCUGAACAUUGUUUAAUGUAGACAUUGACUUUUUCAGUCAAAAGGCAGUGUUUACAUUGCUGCCUGGUAACACCUCUAGCUGCAGUCACUCAGACGGCCUCUAGAGGUGCUUCCUGGGUCAGUGUUUCACAAUGUGCAGCACCUACGUUAAUGUUCCCUAUAGAGAUGCAGUGAUUCAAUGCACCUCUAUGAGAAGUUAAAUUGGCGCAGUGGCAUUUUGUUGUGCAUGCGCAAUAGUUUUCCAAUGCUUUCCUAUGGGGAAGCAUUGGAUUGGCUGAGAUCGUCUGAGAUAAUCUCUGUGACUUUCCAAGACACCCUAAAACCUGUACAUGGCGGUAUUGUUUUACUUGGGAUACUUCACAGAACACAAAUGUGUUUCAAAAUAGUAAAAUGUAUUACAACGAUAUCAGUAAAAAUGCCGUUUUUUGCAUUUUUUACACACAAACGGCACUUAUACUGACGAUAUUGUUGUGGUGUGUUUUACGGUUUUGAAACCCUAAUAUUUGUGUUCAGCGAAGUCCCCUGAGUAUUACCGUGCCCUUUAUGUACAGGUUUUAUGGUGUUUUCAAAAGUUAGUCAAAUAUAAGGUUUGUGUUUCAGUUUUUUCACAUUGAAAUUUACCAGAUUGGUUACGUUGCCUUUGAGACUGUAUGGUAGCUCAGUGAUGAGAAUUAGCCCCAUGAUGGCAUACCAUUUGCAAAAGACAACCCAACAAAUUGCAAAUUGGGUAUGUCCAGUCUUUUUUAGUAGCCACUUAGUCACAAACACUGUCCAAAACUGGCGUUCAAAGUAUUUAAAUUUUUUUUUUUUUUUUUCACACACACAAAUAUGAACGCUAACUUUGGCCAGUGUUUGUGACUAAGUGACUAACAUGCUAUAUAUGACCCUGUAACUUCCUAUAACACCAUACAACCUAUACAUAGGGGGUAAUGUUUUACACGUGAGACAUCGCUGAAUACAAAUGUGUAUUUUAUUGCAGUAAAAGCAAACAGUAUUAUGACAUUCACAGUUAAAUUGUCAUGCAGAACUAAAAAAAAUUUUUUUCUUAAUUUCGCACAUUUUUUUUAUAUUUUAUUCAUAUUGAAUUUUCAUAGCUAAAUAUUUGAUGUUAAAUGAAAGCCCUGUUUCUCCUGAAUAAAAUAUAUGUGUGGGUGCACUUAAUAUGAAAGAGGUGAAUUACGGUUGAACAGAAACCUAGUCAAAUUCCAAGUUUUGUUUACGUUUUAUUUUGAGCAAAAUGUGUACAUUUGGCUCAGUCCACAAGGGGUUAAGAAUCCAGUAUUUGUUGUCUGUGUAAUCAUCUCUCUGUCUUUAGACAUGAAUAUGCAGCUUUAUAGACUGCAACUUUGUGUUUGUUCUGCACGCUGUUUACAUUGGUGGUUGAGAUUUGACUUUGUUAUUGGGAAAUUAUGUAUUUUUUACUUGUCUCUGAGAUUUGUAAUAAAUACUCCACCCUCCUCUUUUAACCCUUACCCGAUGGUUAUAAUGAAACUCCACACAUCUCCUGUCUGUAUGUACUUUACAUGACAUUUUUUAUAUCGCGUAUCAUAGGGGGUUUAAUCAGCAUUAUUAGGCCUGGCUAAACAGUCAUGUUUGUAAAUGGCUAGAACUGUGGUACUGUCAGAGCUCUAUGGCCAUUCAGUGAUUCUUUUGUGUGUUUUGUUAGUAGUUGGAAUUAUCAGUUUGUUUGUUUUUUUUUGUUUUUUUUUACAAAUUAUAUUGUCACAAAUGUCAGAGUAUCUCUUUAGGGACUCUUCAACUGCCCACUUUAUUAAUCAGUAGGCGUUAAAGGGACAUUCCUAGGACCACAGCUUCCUUUGGGAUCUUUAAUUCUGUGUACAGUUUGUUGUUUUGUUUCUAAACUGCAUUCUACCACCCAUAUGUUAAUACAUAGCUUGUUCUCAUUGGGAGCUGCAUCCUAACACGUUGCCUUUGAGUCACUAACAGGCAAGGUGUCUGUUUUGCUCCUGGGUAUAUAAUACAAUUUAAAGCUGGGCAGUUGGCUUAUAAUGUCUGCACUGUUUUUGUUUACUGUUCAGCACACUGGUUAGCCAUUGUUUUAGUUCCAACAUGAAACUGCUACAACACUUUAAGGUAUUGUCUAGGUGGGGCUGCAUUCUUUAAGGAAAACCUGUCUCUUUGUUUCCCCUUAUUUAGAUAAGUAUUACAGCCUGUAAACAUACCUAUGUACAGUGCAGCUCCCACCCCUUUACUGUUGGCAUUGCAGUGUCCUCUGCCAGGUUCAUUCUUCAGUCUACAAGAACUCCUUGCCUUUGCUCAACUUUUGAGCAAAAUGUCUUUUUCCUUUUUUACAAUUUUUUUUUUUUUUUUUUAUUCACAAAAUUAAAAUGUAAUCUUGUUAAACAUCAAACAACGCUACAGGAGAAGCAGCAUGCAUUUUCAGUUGAAAAGCUCUUCAUUAUAAUCCGCACAUAUCCUCUAUUAAUAAAUACUGACCAGAUACAAGAUGGUCUCUGUUGCGUCUGGCAUCUAAUAGUUGAUUGAAACUUUAAUUUUCUCAUAGCAUCCAAACUGAGCUGCCAAUGUGCUGACCUUUUUUUAUAAUGCAUUUAAUGAUCUUCUCAUCUGCUUAUUAGAUGGAUCAACUACUAGAGCAGUGGCCUGAUGAUUCUGGGUAAAGACCAUCAUUGGACAAGUUCAUUCUUUUCUGGAACCUAGAUUCAUGUUAAUUUAAUUCUUGCACAAGCCUGACACUAUUCAUAAAAUAUCGAAACCCUGUAUUUUGGUUUCUUACCCCGCUCCCUAUUGAUGUAGCACAGAGCUGGAAAAGCUUGUAUGGUUUUAAAGCUUAUCCAAGUCUCUCUGCGGUUUGCAUGUAAAGGCAAAGCCAUGCUUGUCAAUUUAAUGUUUGCUUAUGCAGGUAAAUACAAAUGGGAGCUAUGGCUCAGCACAUGCUUACUCUUGUAUCUUUCAUUUCCUAGCUGUAGCCAGCUUCAGUACCCGAGGCGUUAUUACAUAAUCCUUAUUGUUUCCAUUGUUAUUAAUUGCAGUUUAGUUUGUUAGAAACGUGCCUUGUAUUUUUAUCUUGUAAUCACACCCAUUUUAAUUUUUACUUUUUUUUUUUUGUUUACAUUUUUUGAGUGCCGUGUAGGCGUUGUCUUUUUACUGGAGAUGCAGUUUAAGGCAUGUUAAUGUUUUGUACUCUGAGAUCCUGGAUAAUGUAUGAACUUUUAACCACAUAGAUGCAAAAACAAAACCUAAACCGGUUUCUAAAAAUUAAGCAAACUCCAUUUACAAGAAAGAAAAGUGUAAAAGAAGUUAAUACUUUAGAAAUAUAUAUGCUUUAGGGCUUCUCAAACCCCAUUUGUAGAGAAACUGAGUUCUAAAAUAUUGCUGUAGCUAUAGGCCAUGCUCCAGGCUGGAGAAACAGAAUACUUUAAAACAUUAAAGGGACACUCCAGGCACCCAGACCACUUCUGCCCAUUGGAGUGGUCUGGGUGCCAACUCCCACUACCCUUAACCCUGCAAGUGUAAUUAUUGCAGUUUUCAUAAACUGAGAGGUCUAAUGCCGCGCAUGCACAUUAGGUCCCCCCCCCCCACUGGAGGGCAGACCGGAAACCACCGCCAUGGGACAUUGGUGGGGGUCUCGGGUAAGUCACUGAAGGGGUUUUCACCCCUUCAGCAACAUGGGAUGGGGGGUGGGAAGGAGAGGGUACCUGCAGUACCAGGAAAACGGUUUGUUUUCCUGGCACUGGAGUGUCCCUUUGAACAAUAUAUACAUAAAGGAAUUCAGUUGAUGCCAUUGUGUUCGUUUAUUUUUUUUUUGGUUGGUUUCUCCCCCCCCCCCCCUGCUUUAAAGGAACGGGCUUAGCUCAGAGCUUUUGGCUCUUCGUUGUUGGUCGUGGAGAUGGGGAGCAGUGCCCAAUGGACCUUGGGUAAGAAGUCGAACUGUUCUUAAACAAUGUGGCUACUUACAAAGGGCAGUGGGGGGGGUGAAAGGGUAAUCCUGGCACCAUAACCACUAUAGUGAUUAUGGUGCUUGGAAUGACACUUUAAUAGUCUAUGCAGGCUUGCCUGGGCACCUUCUCUCCAUUCACUGGUGCAGCUGGGAGGGACAAAAAUAAAUAUUUGUAAUAAUACUGUUACACAACACUUUCAAAUUCCUUUUUUAGUGUUCAGCUCCUCUUGUUUUUUUUUCCUAAAUCAAGCAGAUUGUAAACCUUUUUAACUUAACAAAAAUGAAAUGCUUGCCUGGAGUGUCCCUUGGAGUACUGUGAAAUAGAACUCUGUAAAUGUACAAUUGUACCUCUGUCGCAGCUCAAGUAAAUAAAAUCAGUUUCUUAUUAACUGCUCCAAUAAAUUUGUUGACCCCUAAAUAACAUUAACCUAUAAAACAAAACUUUUUAGCUCCCUGUGGUGACAAUCUAGUGAUGUGUAAAUUAAAUUCUAGUCCACAGAAGUAAUGAGAUCUGUCGGAAUCCUCGAUAAUCCUGCGGGUAGCUGAGAAUUCUUGUGGAGCUCACUGAUUCAGGUAAACAGACAUAAAUAAAAGGAGGGAAACGUUUAAAAAUAGUAGAAGGCCUGGCAGUCUAAAAUUAUAAUACACCACAAAAAUGUACCAGCUAAUGUGGGGUAUAGUCCUGAACUGACAAUGGAACCAACCACCUGAGGAUUAGGAUAUUGCUACAGUCUAGCUCAGUAGUUGUGUGUUUUUGUAUUAUAAACCUCCAGGCCUGAACCUGAAAUUGGAUAAUAAUGCCAUUUCAUAAAGUUCCCAAUAGUUGGGACGAAUGCCACAAUUAAUUGUUUAUUGUAGUAGCACUGUCUUCCCUGUUGAUACUGGGCGGGGGAGUCAAAUCCAGAAUAGGCUUUCUGCCUUGAGAAAAGGCAGUGUUUACACUUGUGCCCAAGGCCACCUCUAGUGUCUGUUCCUAUUUCAAUAGUGAACCCAGUCCAACAUGUACUGUCUUCUGAGAUCCCUAUGAGAUGUAGGGUAAGUAAAUCUUAAGGGAAUGCAUCUACAUUGGUAAUGGAACACAAACGCGAUAGGGUUACUUAAAUUCAAUAUCAUGGACUAUGUAUUGUGUACUGAAUUGUAAUACCAAUGGAUUAUAGAACUAUGAUUUUUAGGACAACUACGUGCAGGUAUUUUCUGGUUAUAGAUCAAAUUCAUUUUUAAAUUUUUCAGCUUUCAAGUAGGCAGUCUCUGCGUUCCUAUAACAAAAUGACUUGUUUUUUUAAUUUUUUUAUUUUAGUAAAAUCUUUUUUUUGCUUAUGAGUAAGUGUGUUUUGGUGGUCGCAUUUUCUCCCCCUCCUCCUUUCUCAUAAAGCGGUUUGACAAAACUUUGCUGUCUGCACCCAGAUCCUGGCACCAUUGGCCUUCAACUUUAGUUUCGCAAAAGGUAGAUCCUUAUCUGUUGUUCAAUUCUAUUGACAGCUGGGGAUCUACCAUUUGCCCUUCCUCCCUGGGUUUUAUUUUUGAACAGUGUUUGUGUGUUUAAAUGGUUUUUCUCUAUAGAGUAUGUGUGCAUGCAGGUGUGUAUUUGUAUGCGGUGGGGCACUUGUGUGUGGUGUUUGAAUGCAGGGGUGUGUUUAUAUGUAGUGUUGGAUUUUAAAUAUAGGUGUUAAAUGUAGUGUGCUUUUGUGUGUAGUGUUUGUGUUUGAAUUAAAGGGAGUCUGUAUAUAAUUUUUGUAUUUUAAUACAGGGUUGUGUUUGUAAUGUUUGAUUUCAGGGGUGUGUUGGAAUGUAAGGUUUUCUUUGAAAUGUGGAUGUACACUUGUGUGUAUUAUUGGUGCUUGAGUGAAGGGGUGUGUUUGUAUAUAAUAUUUGUGUUAACUUACUGUAGUGUGGUUUGCAUGUUGUGGUGUUUGCUUAGAUGUAUGCAUAUACACUGCCACAUAUGCACAUCAACACAGAUAAACAGUGACACAUGCACACUCCUUGACACACAUUUUUAUUUUAUUUAUAAAAUAUUUUACCAGGAAGGAUACAUUGAGAUUUCUCUUGUUUUCAAAUAUGUACAUAUACGUGCAUACAUGCUAUAGGCUAUAAAUAAUCAGCUAAGCAGAAAAGGGCAUAGAAUCUCUCUAACAUACAGCCUGUUUGGCAUUAAAUGGACACUGUAGGCACCCAGACCACUUCAGCUAAUUGUGCUGUGACCCUUUUGCACUUAGUGCUGCAAUGUAAAAUAUUGCAGUUCCAGAUAACUGCAAUGUUUACAUUGCAGCUGUAAGUCUGCCCUCUGUGGUUGUCUACCAGACAGCCAUUAUUAUUUAUUAUUAUUAUUAUUAUAUUUAUAUAGCGCCACCACAUUCCGUAGUGCUGUACAUUGGGUGAGGGCGCUUCUGGAAUCAAAACUGACUUUUGGUCUGUUAUCUGAUGCUGGACGUCCUCAAGGACCUCCAGCGUCAGAUUGUCCCCAUAGGAAAGCAUUAAAGGUACAUUAUAGUCACCCAGACCACUUCAGCUCAAUGAAGUGGUCUGGGUGCCAGGUCCCUCAGGUUUUAACCCUUCAGAUGCAAACAUAGCAGUUUCAGAGAAACUGCUAUGUUUACAUUUGGGGUUAAUCCAGCUUGUAGUGGCUGUCUUCUGGACAGCCACUAGAGGCGCAUCUGCGACGGUGCAGGCAUAUUUUGCUUUAAUCGCGCAGAGCAUCCAUUGGAAAGCAUUGAGAAAUGCUUUCCUACGGACACUUUGAAUGCGCGCGCAGCAUUUGCUGUGCAUUUGGCUUCGCUGACAAUGGGCGGUGGAGGGGAGGUCACCAGCGCUGGGCUGGAUUAAGGUAAUCUGCUGAAGGGGUUUUAACGCCACGGGAGGGGAACCCUGAGGGUGGGGGCACCCUCAGGGCACUAUAGUGUCAGGAAAACCCCUUCAGCCCCGAGGGAGGGGGGCACUGUAGGAGCCUAUAGUGCUAGGAAAAUGGGUUUGUUUGAAAUAUACACCCUAGCUUUUAUCUGAAAUGCCUGCAGGGGCUAUAGACGCCAGACACACUUCAUUAAACUGUAAUGGUUAUGGUGACUAUAGUGUUCCUUUAAACUCUGAGUCUCUAAAGAAUGUAUUGCAAUUACUGUGUAGUGUUUUAAAUAGUUAAUGUGCCACCUUUAACUACAAUAUGAAUAAACAAGCAAAGUUACAGGAUCCUAUUUCUGCAUGACCAUAUAAUAUGUACACCAGAGUACAUUCAGAGGCCCAAUUCCCUUUUUUAUUUUUAAAGAUGGCCUAAAUUGAAUUAAUGAAAACAAAAUUAACAAAGUCUGCUGAUACAGAAUAAAACCAGAGCAUGUCUCUGUGGCCCUGUUAAAUAAAUUGUGUCCUAAGCUGGAUCACACAGUGUAAACCAUGAAACUAACCAUUUUAGUUAGCAUGGAUAUCUGAAACAUGUGCUCUUUUUACUUUUCAACACAUAUACAUAUAUAUAUAUAUAUAAAUUCAAAAUGCACUCACAGGUCUUCAAAUAUAAGGGAAAAAACUGGUGCUUUAUUAAUCCAUAUGUGAUAUACAAUGAAAAUCAAUCGACGUUUCGACCCUGCCGGGUCUUUUUCAAUCUUGAAAAAGACCCGGGAGGGUCGAAACGUCGAUUGAUUUUCGAUUUUCCUGUGAGUCCCCCCCCCCCCAAGGAACAGUUUUUUUUACUGUAAGAACAAUCUGGAUGUGGAAUUCUCUGCCUGAAGAAGUGGUUUUAUCAGAGUCCAUACAGAUGUUCAAACAGCUACUAGAUGCAUACUUGCAAAAACAGAAUAUUCAAGGAUAUAAUCUUUCAAUGUAGGGUAAUAACUGCUUGAUCCAAGGAUAAAUCUGACUGCCAUUCUGGGAUCAAGAAGGCAUUUUUUUUUUUCCUAGCUUGUUGCAAAAUUGUGCUUCAAACUGUGUUUUUUUUUGCCUUCUUUUGGAUCAACAGCAAAAAACAAAUGUGAGGAAGGCUGAACUUGAUGGACGCAAGUCUAUUUUCAUCUAUGUAACUAUGUAAUACAUAUACGCACGUGCACAUACAUAUACGCGCGCGUGCAUCCAUAUACGCGCGCGCAUCCAUCCAUCGAGAUAUAUAGUAAGUGGGGUCCCUCGCCUUCCCUAACAUCAGUUGUUUUAAGUGAUAAACGGUAUCAAAUUGAUUUGUAUUGAUCCAGUCCUGAAGAAGAGAGGGAACUCUUGAAAGCUUGUCUUUUAAAAAAAAAAAAAAAAAAAAAAAUUUGGAUAGAAAACUAGGUAAAUACAAAAAUAUCUACGCUGACUGUUUAUUUGCUUGUUUUAUUUCAAACUCUUUCAAUGUGGUGGAUUUCCCCCCCUCCUUUUCUUUCUUAAAAAUUCCGUAACACUGCCUCAAUAAGCUCUUUAUGGAUGAAUGUGUGAAGUGUCAUUGUAUUGGCUUUCUAUAGAGCAUGAUUCAUCGAAAGCCAUUUAAUUUGUUCUAGCAGAGUUUGUAGUGCAUAUAUUACACAAACGUUUCUUAUCACAGUUGGUAAUAAUUCGUGGACCACCGUGUUUUAUACUGUAAACAUAGAUCAUUGUAACAGAUAUUUUCAGACAAAGCCAAGGCUUUGGUGGGAAGUUGAAGCUUAGAAAGGUCUGCUGGGAAGAAGGGUCAAGGGUGGAACUAGAUUUAUAUUAUAGAAUGUCAUGCCCUCCACCCACGUUUACACAUCUAUCACUGGCCAUCCACUCAUCAAGGGGCCCAGAACAGACAUCUGUGGUAGUGCAAGGGGCCCCUGUACAUUAUCUGCUGGCCUGGAUGAUGUCCAGUGUUGCUAUACUUAUUGAUUGUGCAACCACAGCAGCUUGUAGCAAAAUGGACAAUACAUACCUCAUUCCAUUGGCUCCUCCACGUCUUCGUUUCCAGUGGGAACAGCUUGCUGCGGCUGUGUUAAAUCCAGUGGAGCCUCAAAUUCCAUAAGCAUUACUCGAUGGACUUUAAUGAAUUAGAUUCUGAGCCUUCAGCAGCAGACAUGAGACCACUCUGUGAGCCACUGCUUCUUCUCAGAGGUUUUUUUUCUGUCGGGCCUCCACCCCUCCUAACGCACACACUAUUUAAAGGAUUUUUUUUUUUAUUCCCCUCACAAUCUUUUGUGCUUGCUCUCCUUACCAAGCAUAGUGUGUGUAUGUGUGAGAGAGAGGGAGGUGGGGGGAAAGCUCGGUUUCUACAGUAACUGAUUGCCCACAAUCUGGCUUCCUGACGAGUAGCUUUAGAUUUCAUGCCCUUGCUUUGUUAAUGUCUGUUAAAAGAAUUCCUUCAUCCUUGGUGCAUUCUCUAAAUCGAUAGUGCUGUUUAAGACUUUUUUUCCCUCUCUCUCCCCCCUCAUCCAUUUAUACAAGGGGUACGUUAGUUCUUUGUAUUCAAGGGGCAUGCAUUAUUUCCCUAUUUUCUCGAAUCCAAAAUCAGCAAAGCUUGAAGACCAUUGCUGGUCAUUUAGAUAGUGUAUUGGUGCGUUUUAUUUACAAACUUGUAUUCUUAACACUACAGUUGUACGCACUGUUUAUUUUCAGGCCCCACCCCCUAAAUAGGGAGGGGAAAGUUCUGCUCCACCUCCCUUAUUGACUUCCUGCAGGUUCUCAUCUUGUCAUCCAAAUGCAUUGGGGACAAGAAGCACAUGAAGAGAUAAUCUCCUCCAAUCAAAUGCUACUCAUUGAGAAGCAUUAAAUCCAAUGCUUCCACAUGAUAAGCAUCAGAGGGCGUUAAACGUGCUUAUGCAAUGUGUGAGUACGUUGAAUGUCACAGAACAGAUUCUGCCUCUGUUGUAGGAGCUGAAGCACCCUCUAGUGGCUGUCAGGAAGACCGCCACUAAAGGUGUGUUUAGCCCUACAAUGUAAACACUGCCAUAAUCUACAAAACUGCAGGGCUAAAAUAACAGGGGCCUAUAUAUGGUUCUUUUAAGUCUGAAUUCUCUUUAUAUAGAGCACAAAUUGAUUUCAGUGCGACACACUUUCAUUUUCUCUUUUUUUUUUUUUUUUUUUUGAAAUCGAACUUUGCUUAAAGUGGAUGGUCACCAUCUGGGGUCUUUGCAUAAUUUGCAAAGACCCCUGAUGGUGACAUUGUCGCUCAGGGUCUGGUUACUGGAGUGGUCAAAUGUGAUAUUUAUUUACCACUCUUCUUCAAAUUCUGGUGCCAAGAGCAGACAUCGGCGGUCUGUGAAUGAUCGCAACAUUACAGGAUUCUUCAUAGAAAGAGCUCAUUUCCUUAUAGCAGUCACUAAUGACGGAUGGGGGAAGUGACCAGACUUGACAGCAGCAGAGCUUCCCCAUGUCAAAGUAGUCCCUACUUUGUCUCAAUAUCUUUUGACUGGAUUGGAAUUUCAGUGACAUUCCAACAGUCAAUGUGAGUAUUUCAUAAAGAUUCUAUCUUUAUGAAAUCCUCAUUUUAGAGGAGGCGGUGACGGUGCUGCUAUAAGCUCUGGUGGUGGGGUUGCCAAAAACCAUGCCCCCAUAAGAGAAAGUAGUCCUACUUUUUCUCAAGUGUUAAGGAAGACAAAUACAGUGAAUGUUAAAGACAAUAAAACAUAAGGAGAAAUUGUUGCACCCUGAAAAAGACUAUUCAUUUAAAAAGAGAACCUGCAAAAUGGUAGUUGCUUUAAAAUUACACACAAGGCAAUGAGUUGCAAUUUUCUUGCUGACUCAACGGACUACAAUUUUUACUUGCCAAAUACAAUCCUCCUUUCCCUUUAAAUUCAUUCAGAAUGAUAUGGUUAAAGAGAAAAUGUAUAUGUAACUUUCUGGGCUGUACUUGAAAUCAACUCUCUUACUGGUGUUAAUCAAAAAUGUGCCAAGCCAGUGGUGGGUGAGGAAGUUAUUCUUCAUUCUCUGUUUGAUAUUCUUAACUUGUUUUUUAUAUUUUUUUAUUGAGCCUCUUAAAAGCCUUGAUGCAGAAGCUGGAAUGUCAGGCUCCAUUUUUUUUAAUCCUUCAUUAUCCCAAGGCUAGUUCUGUCUGAGCCCACAGACUUUUGUCACAAUGUGAUAAUGUGUUAUAUUCUGUUGCAGCUGUCUUCAAAUUAAUAUAGUGUGUUGGCAUUAAAGGAACUGGCAGUCAGGGAUAUGCAUGUGAUCUAGGAAUUUCUCACCUGUAGGAUUUAACAAAACAAAACAUUUUUUAUUUAAACUUUUAUGCUUUUCCAAAGUCUAAACACAACAGUUGGACUCAUUCUAGACUCACUUUGAAACCAUUAACUAUGUACUGUAGAUAGGUUGUGUUUUAAUAGGUAUUCUUACCAUGUUUAAAUUUGAAAGCAAAGAUUGGUGCAUCUUUGUGGAUCAUAACACUUUUUAUAUGUUAAUGAACCUCUUGCCGUGUGUGGAUCAAGGCCAGGUUGAUAGGCUAUUGAAAUAGUGGAGAACAGUUUACAGAAAAAAAAAACCUCUUUAUCUCCAAUUCUUUAUUUUUGGUCAUUUCAGAAAUGGUAGUACUAUCAGUAUUGGAAACCGAGCUGUACACAAACUGUAUACUUUAAUAAGCCUACCCAAUAGGUCUGUUUUUUUUAAGUGUUAAAUUCUAGAAAGUGGUCCUAAUUACUAGUAGUUGGUCAAUCGCCAUGGAAACCAGUGGGACCAGCAUUAAUCUCUCUUCCCCAUUUAUAUUUUCCGCCACUUUUUAGAACAGAACAUUUGGAUAACUCUCUCCCAGUAUGUUGAUCAAGAAUACCCUAAAAGGCUAGGAUGAUGGGUCCAUUAAAAAAAAAAAAUCUAAGCCAAAUUUAACCACACCAGAGAAAUAUGGAGAAACACAUAAACGUAAAGGAGCAAAUAUUGGCAAAUCGCCCUGAGUAAAUGCCCAAUCUGGAUUUAGGCAUCCUGUGCUAUUACAAAUUAUCCUUUACUGUCACGCAGUCAUAAUGGCCAUUCUCUGAGGCCGAAACAUCGAAAUGUUUCAGCCUCUUAUUUAUAAAGCACCAACAAACUUCGCAGCACAGUACAAUGGAUUAUAGGCCUAGUGAUUAGUCAUUGCUUCCCCUCUUAGAACUGUGGGAGAGGGAUGCAUGUCUUGGGGAGUCUUGAGGUUUAGCCAGUUAUUUGAAACAUCCAUAGGGCACGCUAUAUGUAUGUUUAUAUGUUUGCUUAUUAUAUUAGGUAUAUUGCUUUAAUAAGGAAAAUACUUUCAUUUAAACAUUGUGAUUUAUGGAUACAACCGUUCCAUAUGUAGUUUUUUAAAUCAAAACUUCUCUGUGUCUCCCUAGUUAACUCCAAAUUGGGAAAUGCUUGGGUGUGCAUUGGUAUUGUGUGCAAUGCUUUCUGCAUUCAACGCUCUCAACCUCCUGGCAGGCUCGUCAGUUUCCUACAUUCUCUUAAUGUUCCUAAAUGCUCACCUGACUGGGGGCAUCCGUUGUGACCUGUUCUGCAUGAUUUCCUCACCUUCAUUUUAAUCCAGUCCCUGUGGAAAAAUACUUGACUAUCAAAAUGCUGGUCCUCUCUCCCCAGAUUUUCUUUUUGCAUCUAUUUUAUUUCAAAGAUGACAAAGUGUUGUGUGUUUUUGUUUGUUUUUGUUUGUUUUUCUCCCCCCCCCACCCCCCCCACCUCCUUUCUCUUUCCACCCCGUUAUUGUGUGUACAGUAUUCUAUUGUUCCUAAAAUACUCUGCACUGCUUGUGUCUCGUUGUGCAUUACACCAAAUUGUGACCACUAAAUGCUUCCUCCUCUCUGCAGCAAUAUCCUAUUCAGUGUAAUGUGGUUUGGGAGGAAGUAAACAUUUCCGGCUAUGAACUCCAAAACAAAAUAUUGCUGUGACACACUGCAUGUGUCAUUACUCUCAGCUGCGAAGCGAGUGUUACAGGGAUGGCUCGCAGCCCUCUUUACUGCUAUAUGCGAUCGCUAGAUAGACCUGCAAAGAGCUCACUGGAGCGUUUAGGAACAUUUACUGUAGCAAAACAGAUUUUAAAUUUAAAAAAAAUAGAUUUUUUUUUUUUUUAAACUGUUUGUUCUGAUGUUGUACCUACAUUUUUAAUAAACCGCGUCAUAAGCCAUUUCAGAAAUCAGAAGAGAACGCCAUCUUUUUUAUUUUUACAGUGUUUUAUAACCUUUGUUUCCUGCUGUACGGCUUACUUUUGUGUAAAGUGUUUAAAUUGUUACUCCAAUCAAAAACCAGAUCACUGUCAACAAAUCAUUUAUUGCGGGGUGUGUGUAUAUUGUGUGCUCACAAUUUUAUACUGAAGUGAUCAUGGUGAUUGGAGUAACCCUUUAAACAAAUAACACUUUUGCCAUGACUUUGAAACUAGUGGAUGCUUUUUUUUACUGAUGAAAGGUUAGGAAGUUACUCUCUGUAAACAUAAGCGAGCACCUGAGUACAUCUAGAAAAAUCUAUUGUGUGCCUUAUUUAUAAACUGCAGUUUUUGAUGUGCACAUUCUGUAAGUUUCCAUGGCGACUGCAUCAUCAAAUUGCCUCACAAUUGCAAUGUGUAUCCCCUUAGCUUGAUUUCCAAUAAAACAUACCCUUAAGUGUUUGAACCAUGUGUUUUAAGUGACUAUUUUUGUAGCUUAAUAAACACGGAUCUACGCACAUAGAACGGAGUGAACAUGGCUUACAUGAAUGUAUGUGCCAGUCCUUUUUAAUUCAGGUCUCAGUUGUCCCAGAGGAUUAUACCUCAGUUUGGCUACAGCGUUGCCUUGGUUUAGAAGUCAGACUCUGUUCCACUCAUUAUAUACAUGGAAAACAAUCUUGUAUUGUCUGCUGGCUUAUUUUAGUUUGGGGAGUGGAAAUUUCCAGCCUUGUGUGUAGAUGAAUAUGCAGACAGAGAAUGUUUGUGUUUAGCCUUCGAGGUUAAAGCAAGGCUUAACAGUCAGAUAUCUAAUGAGCAAUAUGGGAUUAGUUGUAGUUAUCACUUCCUCAGAAGUCUGUUUAACAUGCUCUUUCCCCAUACUAAUCCUAGCCGGUGAUUGACCUGAUUGCUGUAAUACCUCCGCAUGUAUAGAAACCCAACGUUUAGAGGGUCAGCGGUAGGUGAGUUCUGUGUUCUGUACUCUAGUGCUUUUGAAACGUCUAUGAUAAGAAGUGAUGUGGUUCAGAGCAACCUCAUUUCAUGGUGCUCCAAACAUGCUCUUGUGGGCUUGAGACAUUUUAUGAGCUCCUGUGAGUAGUGGGGGUUUAAUUUGCAUGACAUCCAGCCACAUAUAUGAAAAUAAGAUACAUAUUUAUCAAGGCAAGAUUUUGUAUGUUACGUGUCAGGCCUUCAUAGUAACUGGCCACUGCAAACCUAGAGUCCAUGGCACACACCAGUGUUGAAUUUCACUCACCAGUUGAAACCUGAGAUUUACAUGAAAAAAAGUUCAACACGCGUUAGUCAGGGGUACCCAAAAGGUAGAUCCUAGAUGUUGUAGAACUAAAACUCCCAUGAUGCUUUGUAUGCCUUUAGAAUGAUAAAGCAUCAUGGAAGCUGUAGUUUUUAAACAUUUACCUUUUGGGGACCCUUGUUAUAGGUGACUUUCAGUGUUUAAUUCAAUAGUGUAACUUUUAGAAAAUAUCUUUUUUUUUUUUUUUUUAAAGUCUAUACAUAGUUACUCUAACAUUCUCUGCUCCUCACCCUAUUUAUAAAGGAUCAAUGAAUGAUUACAUGCCAGAAAGCCUGCCACCGGUGGGUUUUUUUUUAAGGCGGCUUGGAUUGGCAGUGCACCCACUGGUCCUCUGUCCAUGCUCCUUCAUGAGACAAAAACCAAAUUAAAUCAUGGAUCCCACACAGUGUUAAUUAUUAAUGGAGAAUUAGUUUUGUAGUUCAGUUAAGAUUUUAAUAGCCUUCAAAUGUGUACUGUCCCUAAUAUCUCUUAAAGCCUUUAUGUCCUAUGAGACCGACUAGAGUUUUAAUUCCCAUCCUUUCCUAUUUAUAUUCAGCUACAGAUUCCAGCCACUAAUUUAAUGUCUAUUGUAGAAGCCACAGAUCCUUUUAUUUCCCGAAACUUGUAACCAAGCAAGCUGGUGAAAGUAACCCCCCCUCGUAUCCUUCAUUAGGCUUCUUUUUCCUCCAUUCACACUCAGAUUAAUCGUUGUAUCCCCUGCCCUAGAAAGGAGUCGUUCAGCAGUGGGGAAGUCCCCUUUAGAAUAGAAUUCUGCUGUCUGUUGUAUUGAAGGAUCUCAUUUAGAACAGGUAUCUAUGUAACAAGGCUGUGAAAAUACUGGAUGGCUGUCUUGGAGGAGGGUUUGUAGAGUGUUUCCAUGAGGAUUAUGUGACUUGCGAACAGGGGACCCACAAUCUUCUAUAACCCAAUAUCUAAAUUGACCAAAAUGAGAUGUAUUUUUCUUAAUGCAGAUAUAAUUAAAUAAAAAAAAUUAUCUGUACCAGUUCAAUGCUGCAUGACCACUAGUUCCCAGUAUCUGCAACGUCUGCCGAAAUCAGGAAAUGGUUAGUUUCUUACCCAGUCUUGGCCUUAUUUAAUUGGGAACAAUGUGAAUCUCUUAACGCUUGCACGAGAAUGGCUUGUGGGAUAUGUAGAUCACAGGUUUCUUUAAGUUAAUGCCAAGCUCUGAAAAUUCUUUCAACUAGCGGAGAGCUUUAUUCAUAUUAUUUUGUGAAAUAAGCACUUGGAACCACAGCUGCUGUACAAGUUCCGCCCCCAUCCAAAUAAUUAGGGAGCUUUAUAGAUUGAGGGUGUUCAUGCCCAAACUAGUAUUUUUGAGGAAAGCUCAUAGCACAUUAUGUUGCAUGAAUUGUUUCCUUAAUGUAAUCGCAAAAUUGAGAUUUUUAUUGUACUGACCACAAACAGGGUAAGUAGGUGGACAUUGUGUUUUUAAAAGUCUUGGUGACCGCACUGCAUGCAUAGAGGAUUUGUACGUUUGUUUUAUUUAUUUAUUUAUUUUUUAUACACAGUUGCCUUUUUAUGGCUGUUACAAUGUGGAAUUGUUUUUGCUGAUUCUGUGCAGAGCAACCUUGCUUUAUGGCAAUGCUGUAAAAUAAUUAAAAAUCAGUGCUGUGUACUCCUGGGUGAAACGAUGUACAGUCUUUAUGCUUUCUAUGGAUGUAAGAUAUGUUUUACCUCUUUAGAUUCUGAUCCUGUUGAUCCAUUAGUAAAUAGUGAAUUGACAUAAAAGGGCUGUUUUUUUAAAUUUUAUUAUUUAUUUUUUUUAUAUUUUUUUUGCAGAGGCAGCCUCCCCUUAUUUCUGGCUUUGAUAUCUGUCUGAGGCUGGCAUCUGAAGCACAUGGUUAAAUAUAGCCCUCCCAGAGUUCCUGUAAAGCAUCUCUCCUCGCUUACUUUUUUUUCUUCCUCCUUUUCCGUUGCUUGCCGGAUUAACCGGUCUUUGCUGCACUAGAUUUUUUUAUUACAGCCAGUUAAAUCUCUGCUGAUUCCUCGCAGAAUGUUUAGUCUGCUUGCUACACCCACAUGGAGCACUGUGCCUGCUCCUACAGCUGAAGCAUGCUCAGGCUCUCACUAACCCUUUCAGUGCCCUGUAAAGUAAUCGCCUCCUUCUUGGUGGUCAAGCCAUUCUUGUUGAAUUCCUUUUCUCCCAGAGCUUUGUAUUUAGUUGAAAAGUAUUACAAAGUGCAGUUGUUUGUACAUCCCACUAUAAUCUGUGUUCAGGAAAGUGUUUUUUGUUUUUUUUUACCCAACUUUUCUGUAUGGGUUUAGUUUCAACUGAGUUUUGUUUUUUUGUUUUUUGGUAUCAAAUUAAUGUCAAAAUUUGCAGUUUUCUUCUCCCCGUUUUUUUUUUAGGUUCUUGGUAUAGUGACCAAGUUUACAGAUGGCUGCAGUUUAUUUUUGCACAGGAAAAAAAAAAAAAAAAGUGCCAAAUGAUAAGUUCCUUGGGGCAGGCUUGUUUAAGGAUCACAGUUCAGUCAUCUCAACCUAUAAAUGCUUUUUUACUGUUUUGUGAUAAUACAACUUGCUGAGUGUUCUAGAUCAGUCUGAGGAGUGAUAUUGUGCAAGCAGGACUAGGUCAGUGUUAAAUCUGAAUCUGUAAAUGCUUUUCUUAGUAUUGCAUUUGUUUAAUCUCAAUAUUUAUUGUCCUGGGACAGGGGCUUGGCAACCUUUGGCACUAUGUAGUCUACUCUUCAACAUCUGAAUCGCGGAAGGUUUCCUGCCCCUAUCCCAGGAUAUAUUGUGCUUUAUCUUCCACGCACAUCUCUAAUGGAUAGUGUAAACAUGCUGCUGCUGUGUAUAUAUUGCGUAAUCCUAGAGGAGCUAGGUGCUUCCUUCUGUCACUUGUCCCAAUAAGGCAGCCGAGCUGUUAGUGUCUCCAGCCUUGUUGGUUUAAUGCUCCAGGCUAUCUUGAAUUUUGCCAUCAUUGGCCACUGUCUGGAAAAUGACAUUACCCACAUUAACAGCUUAGUUUGCUUACACCGUUUGUGUUUUAUUCCAGGCUUAGCCUGCAUGGCAUUCAAACCGUACACUGUUAAUCUCCCACCCAGUUUAAAAAUAGAGACUAUAUCUGAAUUACCAAGAAGAGCUAAUAGACAGAAACCGCUUUGCUGUCACAGAUCAGCAGUUUGUACUUCUUGGCAGACCGCGACCUUGACAUGUGUAAAGAUCCAUGUUGGUGUUUAAAUAUAGUACACUGAAGGGAUGAUGUAUAUACGACUAGAGAAUCAAUUCUAUCUCUUUGCAUGGGGCCUAGUCAACAGAGAUCAGCUUUAUUUUCACUGUUCGACACAAGACUGUUUGUUUUUAGCUCACCUGAUUGUCGGCUACAUGAUAGGAGCUCACGUUUGUUUUCAGUGACUUAGAAAUCUAAUGUACCAGUUUUUGUUGUUUUUUUUUUUUAAUUCGUACAUCAGAAAUCAAUUGGCCCGUGGUUUACAGUGUAACUAUCGUUUAAAGAAUCUAACUUUCCAGAAGUUUAUCAUCCACAAUAAAGUAAUCUGGUCAUGGAGUUAUAACCAGCUGGAAUGUGGAAUAGGAUUUUAUUUGCUUAUUUUGUGUGAAAACUUUAAUCUGCGUAGUUUCCCCCUCCCACCCCGGCUCUUCAAAUCCUGAGAAAAUCUAACAAAAGUAAUUUUAAGUGUAUUCUAUUUAGCAGUGUUAGGUUGUGGUCUCAUUUGUUGAGGUUGCUGUUGUUCCUUGUAGGUUUUGAAAGACAGCCUCUUGUUAAAAACAGUAAUAGUUAUUUACCACCAAAUUGGCAUUUUUAUCCCAUAUAGGAUUACAUGUGGCUUUAAUAUGCUGAAGGCAGACACACUCUUGAGUAUUAUUUAAUUUUGUACUCUGAGAUAUCCAUGUCAGGUAGUGUCAUGGAUGUUGUUUAUAUGGAAGGUUACAAGAUUGAAUUUAAACAAGUGACCGUACCUCUUCCUGUGUCAUUUGGGCACACUGCAGUGUGCUUCAUUUAUGUAAUGCCAACAUAUUCUUCAUGCUUUAAAGGGACACUGUAGGCACCCAGAUCACUAUCUUCUAGACCGCCACUGGGGACGCUUCCUGCAAUGAAACGGACCUUUGGUUUGGUAUCCGACGCUCUGCAUGAGGACCUCUAGCGUCAGAUUUGUUCCCCGUAGGAAAACAUUGAUUCAAUUCUUUCCCAUGGGGAGGUCUAAUGCACGCACUGGCACGCGUAAGACCCUGCUCGUCGUGGGACAGAGGAGUGUGCAGAGGCGCAACCCAGCACUGAGGGACGUUGGUGCUGGCAUAAGGUAAGUAAAUUAAAGGGUUUUUAAUCCUUUUACUUACGGGGGGUGCGCAGGGGCUAGCGGUAGUGCCAGGAAUACAGCUUUGUACUCCUGGCACUACAGUAUCUCUUUAAUUCUGAUAAUAAAGUUGUCCUGGUAUAGGUAAAAUAGUACCUAUGUAGGUAGUGGGAGAGGAUAUAUUUAGGUUUGCCUCCUCGUGUUUCUGGAUGUUGGGGGAUGAGGGUGGCUGUUCAGACAGUGUGAUUCUUGGUCCAGUUAUUUGUACUUAGCAACCCCUUUAUUUCUCUCUCUCAGAUGCACCUUCAGAUUUCCCAGCACAAAUAUCAAGAUCACAUUCACAGCUCUGGCCAGCGACAAGAAGGAGAAACAAGAGGCCCCUGAAUCCCCAGUGAAACCAGUGCAGCCCCAGAUCUCUCCGCUGACCAUAAACAUUCCAGAGAACAUGGCUCAUUUGAUCAGCCCUCUGCCCUCACCCACAGGAACUAUAAGGUAUGCCAUAGCAGGAUAUCUGAGACUAGAGAGAAAUGUGACUGCCAAACUUUCGAAAUAACCAUUUUAAUCUGUUGAUUGCCAUCACAACAAUCACAAGCCUGCUUGCAUGUUGGCUGACUGCUUCUGCCCCAGAAUACCAAAUGAUCAUGAUGUGCUGCUAAUGCCCCAUCCACUUGGAAUGGGAUUUUGAGAGGUUUGUCAUAGUAAGAAAUUAAACUUGUAUCUGGGGAUCCUAUUGCCUGAAUGAGGAAAGUUAGUGCUGCAUCUCCAUUCAUUGUGUGCAAGCAGUGAUUUUUCUACAGUUCUCUUGGUGUAGUCUGAAGAUUUUAUAGAUCACAUGCAGGUCAUUCUGGUCCAUAAAUAAGCGAGGGUAAAUAAUGCAGUUCUGUUCUUUAAUCUGUCGUGGAUUCUGUGCCAAACCUGUCUCCAGAUUCUGUUAUUGUCUAGCUCAAUAUAAACAGUGGGGGAAAAGGACUUGGAUGCAGAAUUGAAACAUUAAAUUCCAUUCUUUCAUGUCCUCAGAGAAACCUGCCAGUUAAGGUUUUUUUUUUCAUUUUGUCAGAAGAAAAAAAUUUGUUAUUGAGUCAGCAGUUUUCCUUGGAAGCCUCUAUGGCGUCUGCCUAAUGGCUGGAUGGAAGCAUUAAGCAGGGUACUCAUGUGAAACUGUGAACCUGCUACCUGAAAUAUCUGCCAAGUGAGCUAUGGCAGAAGCUUGAUUUCUUAUGUAUCUUAGUGUUUUUCUAUUAUUCCUGUACAUAUAUUACAUGCGUCUGUACAAUCCAGAUUGCUGUGUACCAUUCCCAACACGAAUUUGCACUUUUUGCACAAUAAAAAAAAAUUACAUACUCUUCACACACAAAGCUUUUCAGGAAGUUAAAGGACCACUCUAGGCACCCAGAUCACACAGGGUGCCUGGUCCAACUAGGGUUAAUUUUUUUUUUUUUUAAUAUAAACAUAGCCGUUUCAGAGAAACUGCUAUGUUUAUAAAUAGGUUAAUCCAGCCUCUAAAGCCUCUAGUGGCUGUCUCAUUGACAGCCGCUAGAGGCGUUUGCGUGCUUCUCACUGUGAAAAUCGCAGUGAGAAGACGCAAGCGUCCAUAGGAAAGCAUUAUGAAUGCUUUCCUAUGAGACUGGCUAAAUCUUUGCGCAGCUCCUGCCGCGCAUGCACAUUCAGCCGAAGAGAAGGAGAGCUCCCCGCCCAGCGCUGGAUAAAGGUAAGAUUUUAACCCCUUCCUUUCCCCAGAGCCCGGCGGGAGGGGGACCCUGAGGGUGGGGGCACCCUCAGGGCACUAUAGUGCCAAGAAAACGAGGUGUGUUUUCUUGGCACUAUAGUGGUCCUUUAAAGAGCUUUAGGGGUCUGCAAUUUCCCUUUAAACUCUGAUUUUCAACUCUUCCAGGAAUCCAGAAUUCUAAUUUGUGUCAUGGAUCCUACCAUCGGCAUGGUUCUGCAGAGUUUGUAGAAAUUACAAGCAGUAUGAUUGUAAAUAAAAUCUAUAUUUAAAAUCUUUUAAAAUAUUUUUUCUCCACAGCGCUGCAAACUCUUGCCCCUCCAGCCCUCGUGGCGCAGGUUCGUCAGGUUACAAAAUGGGCCGUGUCAUUGCCGCAGACCUUCACUUAAUGACAGAAAACUCCCAAUCAGAGAAUGACAAGGAGGCUUCGGGAGGAGACAGUCCCAAGGUGAGGCCCCAGUCUAUUUAGUACCAAAUAAAAACAUUGAGUUCCUAUGCUAAAAAGUCACUGCAAAAUCCAUAGAUGGGAAACACAAUCGGCUGUCUUCACACAUUAGGAUUGUUUGUUGGAAAUACAGACACCUGAGUGUUUGGAGUGAAAGAUUAAGAAAGUGUGUGUAUCUGUAUUUAUAAUCGUUACUGGCAAUAGUCUUACAACCUCCAGUCAAGUAACUGCUUGAUUACUUUGUAGAUUUUGCUGUGGUAUACAGCUUGGGGAACAUGGUUUAGCUUUAUGGUGUGUUUUUUGGGGGUUAUAGGAAUUCGAGUUAAUUGAUAAGCGAAUCACAUAUUUUGGGCCAUAAUAUUUGAAAUGGGGUGGGGGGUAGAAAACCUCCAAUUUACUGUAAUGUCUAUUUUUAUAUAUAUUUUUUUACAUUUGUAUUUUAUUGUAUUUAAUACACUUGGUAUAUGUCCGAAUCAUUAUAUGGAAUUAAGGUAAAAAAAUAAACAUAUAUAGGAGAGAAAAACAUAUAAAUCGGCUGCAUAGCGGUGGUGAGGAUGUACGUAUUGUGUUAUCAAUACUGUUAAGGCUGAGUCAAACAGUGACCUGAAAUUUGGGAUUAAUUGUGUGUGUUGGUGUGUGUGUGUGUGUGUGUAUGUUUUGUUUUGUGUGUGUGUGUGUGUAUGUUCUAUUUCGACUUAAUUUGUAACUUAGUCUGACAUUUCUUGUGAGACUGCUUUAUUGGUUACUGUAAGAAGGAACUACUACGUUGCCUUCUAAUAGUGGCUGAUUCUGCGCAUUUCAUCAUUGUCAUUUUUUUAUUUUUAUUUUUCCCUACAGGAUGACUCAAAGCCCCCUUACUCCUAUGCACAGCUUAUAGUCCAAGCGAUUACUAUGGCCCCUGACAAACAGCUCACAUUAAAUGGAAUAUAUACGCACAUAACAAAAAACUAUCCAUAUUAUCGGACUGCAGAUAAAGGCUGGCAGGUAAGUGACACUGUGACCUGCACUGGGCACUUCAUUAAACGAUGUGUGGUGUCUUAAGACCAGACGAAAUAGAACUGCAAUUCUAAACCUGUGUGAUCUUCAGACCUACAUACACAAAGCGGUGGAAUACAUUCAGCAUCAUGAUUCUUUUAUUACUGAACCCCUUCACCGCCAAAUGCUCCUUGUUUGUAAAUAUAUUGGCAUACCAUUUAUUUGAAAUAUGGUGUUCAUAGCAAGCAGAUAAACAUGCCAUUACGUUGAGUGUAUAAUAAGAAAUCUGGUUAUUCUCACAGAUUUGAAAAAAGUCAAAUAACCUGCUUCUUGGUGUUUGUAGUGAUGGCAAAAAUAAAAUACCACAUUUUGUAAAGUUAAUCAUGUAUUUGCCCCCCCAAAAAAACAGACCUGGCACACUCUAAUUCUGCUGACUUUUGUACUAAUUUAUUAUAUGAAGGAUCUGAGAAUGUUUGUUUACAGAACACUCUAAUUGUUAUAAAUACAUAUAUACUUUUAUCUGGGCCGUUUCAUUGCAGCAGAAGUAACUCUACCGGCUGCAUCUCUGGAAGGCCACUAGAUUGUUUUACCCUUAGUAGACAUUGCCGUUGAUGCAAAAUGUCAGAGUUUUACCUUAAAGGGUUAAAAGUACAGGGCCAUACCAUGUCAUUGAGGUGAAGUCGUAUGGGUGGACUUUUAAGAUGUGGUUGUGGUUUUGCAAUUCUCCCUUUAGUGGGUAAGCCGUGUUUUAAAAAGGGAUAUAGGUUUAGUGGACGACAAUGUGAUGUUCCAUAUCAUUGAAGCAGUUAUGGAAAACAAGGACUUGUAGGAGUUGUAGGUUUACUUAUUUCAUUGGAAAAAUGCUAUAGAACAAUACAUAAAUAUAUUGAGACAUGUAGGAUGUGGUGACUUGCUCAACAAGAUUGUACAGGUCAUCAAGACUUGAUAAUGGGAUACUUUACCAUGAUGCCUCAUAGUUUCUCCUCUAGUCACUGUAGAAGACCUUCUCCAAGACCUGUCCUCACUGGGUUUUGGCUUUUGAAAGAAUAUUUCUCCAUCUCUCUGCUGAAACCUUAACUCUGCAAUAAUGUAUUUUUUAAUUGUAAGACGUUGUCUUGGAAGGGAAAGCUUGACGCACAUAGAUUCUUUUUACGGAGGUAUUUAUCUAGGCAGAUAUCUGCUCAGUUAUUCAACAAGGAACCCGUAAACGAGUGGUUUUUGUUUGGUUAUCUUUGGAGUUUUUUGGGGAGGGUUUUUGGUCUUUUUUUCUUUUUUUUUCUGUUCAACUAAAAGAAAUGUUUCUUUAUAUCUUCCUAGAGAAAGUGUGGUUUUUAGACUGUGAUAAUCACACGUGAUCCUUCUGUACACCAUAUCCUGAAGGAAUUACACAGAAAAUUGGCCAAUUGCAAAGUUUUUCUGUGUUUGUAGCAGUGGUAAUCUGCUAGACAUCGGUCACAGCGCAGUCAUUCCUGAAAAUGUUAAAAUCUCACAUUACUUCCUAGGUUCUAGUCUCAUUUUCCUGCUUGUCAUUUUAGCCCUAAAUUUGGAUCAUCUUUUAACAUCAAUUUAUUGACUAAAUUUCUUGGCAGCCUGCAGGGGAGAGCUUUUUUACCAGUGUCUUCUAUAUUUUAAUCAUUAUUGCUUUUGCUUCACUUGUACCAUAGUUUCUAAGCUUUUAGUUUAGGAUAUGUAAUUUCAUUGAUGCAGUGCACCCUUCUUGCACAAGGUGUGGGGGUGGAAGGAAAGUGGCAUAGCUGGGUAGGGUGUGAUGUUGGUGUAAUACACACAGCUCCAGCAUUAUGGUGGCACAGACGGCACUAGUGUGGGGGUAUUUCCAUUUUUUUGGGGGUGUAUUUGUUACAAGCCUUUCCCAAAGCAAUUACUUUUAGCAAUAUCUCAUUGCAAAGUGCUUAACGUGUCAUAAUUAGAUGGCUCUAAAGCUUUGUUCAGAAUGCUUUUGUUUAAAAAAAAAAAUAAACAAAAAUAAAAAAAAUCCCUUUUUAAUAGUCUGUUUUUUCUUAUUUUAAUAUACAUAAUCUAGUAUUGGCCCAUACCACCUUAUUAGACCUUCUGAGAGAUGCUUAGUUGAAGUCACUCUGGAGGUGCAGUCACUUCCUUAUUGUGACCCUCCUUACCAUGCCGGUACUGGACAGAUCAGUGACUGGACAGGCUCUAUAUGUGUUUCCCACAGCUGUCUCUCUGUAAUCAGCCUAGCUAUUUCAGAGUUUGGAUUAUAUUUGUGAAAUCUAUUCUGAACUCAUCUGUAUCACAUCCUCCAGUUCAGUAAAAUGUUGUAGUCCUGCCAAUAGAAAACGGUCAUGUUGGGAGUAAACAUGUGUUGCUGUCAUUUGUUUGAUAGGGUUGGGACAACACCUAAAAAAUUAUGUUUACAUCCUGACAGGUGUGGGGUUUUUUGGUGUUACGUUGAAAUGUGGCAAUAUGCUACUGUGGAUAGCUGAAGCAUUGUUACCAUGAAAUGCAGGCUAGAGAUAGAGAUAGAUAUAUAUAUAUAUAUAUAUAUAUAUUAUUUUUUUAUUUUUUUUAAUGCACACAGCCGUUUGCUAUUCCUUGGAUGUCUGGGUUUAUGUAGUAAUCAUUAUUUGUACAGGUUUGCUGGUUGCAGGCCUCUCUUCUCAGAUAAGAAAUUCAGUAAAACAGUAACUGGGGGAAUUGGGUAGCACACUUUUCUAAAUGUCAAUAAGUGGUGUCUGGGAGGUUUGCUUUUGAAAACCUCAUUAAAUCUGUGUCAAAUGUGAGUGACCGAGUUGAACCAGAAUUUUGAAAACUUUGGUUAUCUUUAGGUAUGCCGUCAAAAUUUCCACUAGCCGCUGGUGAGUGCAAAUGUAGCUCUGGUGAGUUGGCCGUGGUCUUACCAGGCUUUCUGUGGCAAAUAACUUUAAGACCUGGCCAGUAGUGUAGAACUUGAUUUUAAGCCCUGCUGUGUAAUUUAUUCAAACCAAAUUUACUGACCAGAUAAUGUUUUUUUUUUUUUUUUUCUACCUAAAUCUUUAGCAAUAACUUCUUGAAUUGAGGUAAAAGGAUAAUAGAUUGGUAUACAUUCAGUCUGUUUCUUCCAAAAUGAAUGCAGUAUGUUCACCUCCUGGCUAAUCAGUUGAAAUAAGUGAUAGGCACGCCAGUUAGUUUUCACAUGAAAGCUGUCACAUUGUCACAAUGCAUGGAUCAUGGAGUUCUUUGCUAUUGAUUGCCAUUGGCUACACACAAAUGCACAUAAACCAUGUCUAUUGCAAGUCAGAUUCAUCAGCCUUAAGCUUGAAGUAUGCAAGUACCAGUUAAAGGUAAAAUAUAAGGUGUCUAAAGUACAUGCAGUGCUUCCAUAACUCUUAGUGCAUUGUGAAAACAGCCCUGUACCGUAAAUGGAGUAUUUCACGUUUUAUUGUACUUUAAUCUGUGUGAUUUUAAGUAAAGUUGCCAUAUGUAACUUUCCUAUGCUUGCUCUCUUGUAGAAUUCUAUACGUCACAACCUCUCUCUGAACCGAUAUUUCAUCAAAGUACCACGAUCGCAGGAAGAGCCUGGUAAGGGAUCGUUCUGGAGGAUAGACCCAGCAUCCGAGAGCAAGUUAAUAGAGCAAGCUUUUAGGAAACGAAGGCCAAGGGGAGUACCCUGCUUCAGGACACCUUUAGGACCCCUUUCAUCAAGGUAACAGGAUGUGGAUCUGUCUGAACUCCUGCAAUGCACAUUGAGAUUUAAACAUCCAAAAAUAUACAAGAAUAAUCGGGAUGUGUAGAUGACUUGAUUCACUCCAUAUGUGAAUUCACAGAGGGAGGACUAAUUGUUUCUGUCUACACUAUCACAGUACAGUUGAGAUAACUUUGACCUGUCAAGGAAACAAUAAUGUUGUUCAAUUCUCUCUACAUAUCGCCCUCUUCUGUUGUACACUGGUAUUGAUAGCUUUCACAUAGAGUAGUAUGGAAAUUUAUUUUAUUUUUGUUUUCGCAUUGAAUGGUUAUCAUUCAUAUUAUGACAUGUCCACAACAGGAGAACAUAUAAGCAAGAGAGAUUGCCAUCACAAUAUGUGGCAUGACCAGAAUAGUGUCAGUCCUUAUAUUGGCUUCCUGUAUCCUAAGAGUCAAUUCAAAAUGCCAUACCUAUAAAGCACUGAACAAUUCUAGCCCCUCUUAUAUAGGCCAUAGGUAUGCCCCUUCUCGGUCUCGCCACUCUGCCCGUGACCACCUGUUGUCCUGUUCCUAUGGAAUAGCCUGCCUACCACCAUCAGACUCUCCCCUAGUCUUCAAUCAUUUAAGAAGUGCCUUAAAACCCAUCUCUUUAGGAAAGCUUAUGGCCUCCCAGAGUAACCUCUACCUCGCAUACCUGUCUCUUGCUCUCUCCUAAAGGGCAGCACUCUACACUCUCCUCCAGCUCUGCUUCACUCCUACCUUAUUUGGUUGUUGUUUCCUGUCCCAAUGUGUUUUAGACCCCACUUUCUUUGGACUGUAAGCUCGUUUGAGCAGGGUCCUCUUCGACCUAUCGUUCCUGUAAGUUUUCUUGUAAUUGUCCUAUUUAUAGUUAAAUACCCCCCUCAUAAUAUUGUAAAGCACUACGGAAUCUGUUAGCGCUAUAUAAAUGGCAAUAUGUUGUGGAAACAAAAUCUUCUAAUAACCGGUUAUGCUAACACAACUUAUAAUGCAGUCCCCACUGAUUUAGUCUAUGAAUUCACACUUUUUUUUCCCCCCCUAAUUUUUUCAUGCUGUUAACUCACAAAUUUUUAAAAAAAAUUUUUAGUCUCUCUCCAGGUUAGAAAUGUUGAAUUUAGUGAUGUAAUGAAACUGUAUUGUCACAGACCUCAAAGUAAUUACACAAUACAUAAACCUAUAACAUCUUUUAUGAAGGGAUACAACAAGCACCAUGACCACUUCAGUGAUCGGAAGUGGUCUUAUUGCUUUAGAGUCUGUGCAGCAUUUCGCUGUGAAGUGAUGCACUUACACAUUUUGACAACAAAACACAUUUCUCUAACAGCACCUCCAGCAGUCAUUCCAUGAAUUCACUAGUUCUGCUUAUUAGAUUGUGUUUGCAAAUUUUUGACCAGUAUAUUUGUACAUUAACUAGUAGAUGAUAAGUAUCCUCCAAUAUCUUUCUCUGAACAGGAGUGCACCGGCCUCUCCAAACCACUCUGGAGUCUUGUCUGCCCAUUCAAGUGGCGUCCAGACCCCGGAGAGUCUGUCUAGGGAAGGCUCUCCAGUCCCUCUGGAUCCAGAACCUAGCACCAUCCAGCCAAAGCUCGCAGUCAUCCAGGAAGCGCGGUUUGCACAGAGCGCUCCAGGUAUAAUGCACAAUAUGGGAUGCCUCUUACGGGUUUCUCUGAAAGUUAGUACCACUAUACUGUGUAUGCUUUAUAUUUCUGUGAAUGAAAUUACCAUGGCAAGGUAAUAAAGUACCAGCAGCUGGCUGCCAGUAGAGACAGAAAAGAGGUGUGUAAUAUGUAUAAUAUUUUAUUUUUUAAUUUUUUAAAAUAAAAAGUAAUAGUGGUUUAAAGAUGGAUGCAGUUCCUGUGCAUGUCUUCUUUGAUGUUGGGAUCUUGGCUCCAUUUUGCACUAUAUAUGCUUUUUUCUUUCUUUUUUUUUUUUUUUUAAAUACUUUCAAUGUGUGUGUGCAUACCCAUACAGGACAACUCAGCUCUGUCUCCAAUUUCAGCUUCAGCUAUAGGGGAGUCCCAUCUCUAUAAACUAAAGGAUGAUGAUGCAUGCAUUCUAGCCUCUUGGUUCCCCACCCCAUCUCUGUCCACUGAAGUUCAAGCUAUUGGCUGUCCUGGGCCUUCACAAACUGCUCCCUUUUAUUCCUUUUGGCAGACAGCUGAUGUAUCAAAACUACAGCCUCUCGGUGAAAAUAAAGUUAAUCCUAAGCAAGAAAGAACAAAUGUGGGGGGAAGAACAUAGCUUCCAUAAUUGUUACUGUACAUCAAUCUAGUUGUUUUGUGUUGAUGGGUAAAUGUACUGUCCCUUUAAACCGGAGUUGGUAGUAAGUGUACUGUCCCUUUAAACCCAGUAACUUAAAUCAACAAUGGCUUGACUGCUUCACAAAACCCCCCAUGAGAUAGUUUUUGUGUUUUCUUUCCAGGGAAUGAAACGUCUGGUUCCUGAUUACUUGUUAAUAUUUCCUUUUGCGUUUUCAGGAUCUCCACUCUCCAGCCAACCAGUCCUCAUCACUGUGCAACGGCAGCUCCCACAAACCAUAAAACCGGUCACAUAUACAGUGGCCACCCCAGUGACCACCUCCACAUCCCAGCAGGCGGUUAUGCAAACUGUACAUGUUGUGCACCAAAUCCCAGCAGUAUCUGUCACCAAUGUGACCGGCUUGACACCUAUCAAUACCUACACGGUCGCAGGGCAAGCUGUGGUUGCACAGGCUGUGAUGGCCCAUCCCAAGCUAGAACCACAUGAGAAUGGUGACCACAAGGAGGUUAAAGGUAUAUCUAGAAUGUCAUAAACUACCUAGAAUUUAUUAAUGUGUCUGUGCUGCAUGGUAAUAAGAUUCAAGAGAUGAGUGAAGUCAGGAUGUUGAUGUUGUACCCCAACAAAAUUCUCUGUUACUUUGCAAGACACUUUAUUAAGCAGCUACCCUACUAACCGUACUGCUCUUAUCUUUGUAUCAUACAUUUUCUAUUGACUGUUUAUGAUGCUUGUUAAUUAAUAUAAAGCACGUUUACACUUAGGACAAAUUGGGACAAAAUUAUAAAAUUAGUUUUACAUUUUAAUUUAAAAUUUCCUUUAUAACUGCAUAAUAUAUAUUUUAGUUUUACUCUCCGGGACUAGAGAUUGUAGAUCUUUGUAGCAGCUCUUAAACUAGGCCACAUUUUUAUUUUUUUUAUUUUUUUUAAGUCUUUAUUUUCCUUUUUCUUUUCUCUCUAGUUAAAGUAGAAGCUAUUCCAGCAAUUGGCCAUCCUGCGCUUACUACAGCCAGUAGGAUCAUUCAGACCUCCGCCUCUGCUCCCCUCCAAACAGUUACUAUAGUUCAAGCUCCUCUAGGUCAACACCAGCUUCCAAUUAAAGCAGUAACACAGAAUGGGACACACAUGGUUCCCAUCACCACUGCCAUUCAAGGACAGGUCACCACAGGUGAGAGAGAUACUGACCUCUUUUGGGAAAUGCUACUUUGUGCUCAGCGUUAAGGCUUAGUGCUAAAAACAUGUUACAAAUUGGGCAAGUAAACAGCCACUGCCUCCUAACUAUAGCUCCAUUAGAUAGCCAUCCUGGCCGCAAGGCCCGUAGUAGUGGCUUUUUACUCGCACUCCAAACUAAGUUUAAUUUUAGAGACCAUUAUCAAGCAUUCAGAAUGGUCUUGUGGUGCUCCUAAUCAGUUAUGUCCCACUGACUUUGUGUGUUAGUUACUUUUGUUCAAGAUGUACAAUUGGUUGAGGCACUUGGCUGUUUAAACUAGGCGGGGCCGACAGGAAGCCUAGUUGGCGUUUGAUGGCUUUCGUUUUAUCACGGUUGUGUCCUUUAAGCUACAUAGCCACCGGUUGGUCACUCCUGGGUUAAACGGCUGGUAAGUAUCUGUUUUUUGUAUUCAAAACAGUUAAGGGUAUAUUUUACAGCCUUAACAAGAGUAAAAACUGCUUUGAUAAUAAUUGGGCAUGCCCAUGAAUGGUAUUACAUUGCCAGUCAUGUCUUAUUACAAGCAAUAUCACCCACAUUAAUGGGGCUUCAGUGGCCAUAGGAGAUAUUGAUUGGCUGAAAUACGCGUCUAACAGAACUGAACACGUAACAUUCUUCUAAUAAGCAAGUUUAAGUUCCAUUAAGUUAAACUGUGCAAUGCCUGUACUGGCCAGCAUUUUGAUAUGAAGGCCUGCACAUUAUUCAAGUAGCUUGGUAUAGGAAUGUUAUUUUAUAGUCACUGGUAUAUAAAAUAUAGAACAUGUGGACCGCGAACAUGGCAGCCACACACCCUAAUUCUAUAUCUAAGGACUAGACGUUCACCAUUUGCAAAGACUCACGAUCACACCAGAUACAUGUAUAGUAUAUAUUUUAUAAUCUAUAAAGCUGGUAAUACCUUCAUGGACAUUAAGACCCAUACUAUGUAUGUAAUAAUAUACAAACUGCUGGGAAAUCUGAAUACCACAUGUUUAGUUUGCUCACAUACAUAUAUAAUACUUGUCUAGAUGGGAGCAUUUUACGAACAAGUGGGUGUUGGCAAAAGAUGGUAAAUAUCGGGGUUCUCCUUAGCCGCUUGAUGAUAAUACUCCAAGCCUGUAAACCAGAAGGUAUUUAUAUGUGUAUGUGACCGGUAAAGCUUAACUGCACAUGUGGGAUCAAGUUGGUAGGGGGUCAGAUUUGUGUUGGUUGAGCAAUCAUGUCCCCAUCCAAUCAGACACCCCACCCUAUGUUAUCCUUCUUCUUUCCCUUACUCCGUGUAAAUUUGAGUAUCCCGGGACAGGUGAUUUUGUCCCCUUCUAAAAUGCAGUCCAGAUCUUUAGCUGAAUAUUUUUUUCAGCUAACUCCAACUACUCGCUGAUUGAGAGCCCCUGGCAGUGGAGAGGAAAUGGAACCAGAGGUAGGACUGAACCAUGCAUCCGUCUGUUUGUUCUCUUUGGUCUUUUCUUUCAUGAGGGAUGUUAAUGCAAUGUUACUGUAAGACUUGUUUGUUGUGCGGAGGCUGUGUGUGUGUUUCUAUAUCAGUCUGAAUGCUGAUGCACACUUAUGUGCAACAUUGAGGUGUGAUUUUGUUGCUAGGUAAGCAUGAAAGAAGCAUGAGACUCGCAGACUGUGUUCUUGAAGCUUUAGCAUGAUCCAGUGAAAUAUGACUGCUGGAUUAUGCUAAAGGAUCACCGUAAUCACUUCACCUUACUGAAGUGGAAUGGUACAAAUAACCUGCCGCUGCAGCCUUUCUUUGAAAAAAUGUUUCACACUGAAGAUAAAAAAAACCAACUUAUUUCUUAGGGUAGGGCUGUCUAUUUAUUCACAACCUAACAUUUAAAGCCUGUAAACCUUUUCCUGCAAUACAAAAAUAAAACAUUAUAAAAAUAAAUAAAUAAACCAGCCAGUACAGUGCCUGGAUGGCCAUAUCCGUUUCAGUUUCUCCCUUUGACUCUCACAUGGCUAGGAGUAGGCCCGUGCCAAGAGCAGAAGCAUAGUAGUUGCAUGCCCUGCUGAAAAUGUCCAUCGCUAUAAUGCUCUGUGAGGUUUUGCUUGUACAAAUAGAAAUCCAGCCGGUAUACCACCGUACAAAAAGGAGCAGAAUGAAAAACACUGUACAACUUGGCAAACAAAUGCAAAUAGAAAAAAAAAAAGUAAUGUAUAAAAAUACAUGGCAUACAUACCCAAAUGUACAAAAAAAGGAACUGCCGAAUGCAUUUUGUGCAUAAUGUGCACUAGCUAAUAGACCUGAGAAAACCUGUCUGCCUAGUAGAAGUUAAAAAAACGACAGGUGGAAUGGCAUGCUCUGGCAACAUCUCGCGAAACUGCUUAUGUAGAAUAUAAAUGUAAUCCAUCUCAUCUGGUGGUGGGAUAAAAUGGCAUUUUAACCAAAUCGGACAUAAUGUAUCUUCCCAUUACAUCAGUUUUUUUUACAUUCCAAAGGUAUGUCUUUAUUAAUGGCCACAAUGUUUUAUAUUACAUCGGUUUUCUUUUUUUAAUAUAUAUUUAAUAUUCCUACAAAUAAUACCGGUCAUAACUAAAACGGUGAUUUUUACAAGAACACAGUUUGUAGGAUAUAAGUUGGGGGAGGGAGGGGACUGGAAGCCUGCCGCGUGUGUUUGUUGAGAAAACUAUUACACAGAACUUAAGAUUGGCAAAAGCAAUUCUUGUUGUCCAAUGUGUCUAACCUCUAUUUUUUUUAAUAUCUCCAGUAUAUAUUCAUGUUUAACUUGAUAGGUAUAGCUGAAUGGUGAAACGCCUUACACAUCAGCUCAGCAUUUUUAGUUAGAGGUGUUUAACUCGCUCCCUCUUGCUGAACGAUUUCUCCCAUAAUUCCUUGCUAGACUAUGGCUUGCCCAAGUGAGGUACAUUCUCCAAACCUCCAGUAGGUGUUCUGAAUACUUACCAUGGAGCCUCAUUGACUUGGAAUGCAGUGUAGAUAUUCAGUGUUGCAGUUGACAGGGAUUUGAAAUAAUAAAAGCUAGAGUCCAGAGGUUUCCUUAUUUCUCUGAAUUUAACUUUACCUUGUAUUUGCUGGCAAUGAAAGGCUCUAUAAACGCUUCCAAUACAAGCUGUUCUAUAGUCACAUGAGAGCCUAAAACACAUAUUUAAAGAAAUUGUCUAUUUUUUUUCGUCAAGUAAUUAAGGAAGGGUUAGUUCUUCAGAAUGGCUGACAGGUAGUGCACUUUUCAUUGGUAUUAGUUUUUGUUUUGCUGUUUCAUGUUAAAAUACCCAUCUGUCAGCACACAUUGAUAACUGGCUUAACCCUUUUGUUUCCUUUCAGCCGCAGCAAGCCCUCUACACAUGCUGGCGACUCACGCCUCUGCGUCCGCCUCUCUCCCAACCAAGAGGCAGAACGGAGACCAGUCCGACCAGCCGGACCUAAAACGAAACAAAGUAGAUGAACGUGAGGAUUUAGUGAUAGCCGUAAACCGAGAAGUCAAAAUGGAGGGAACCACAACAUCAAAUGAACAGGACAACCAAAAAUAGGAUCCGUGGCAACUUUUUUCUUUUUCUUUUUCUUCUUUGUUCUAUCAUUGUUUUUUGUAAGUUACAUACACAAAGAAACAAAACAGAAAAAGGUGCCAAAUGCAGACACUCUUUAUCGAACAGGGCCCUGUGGAAAACAAAACUUUAUAGAUCAGCACUGAAAAAAAAAAACACAGGUGGCCUUAAAAACUACAAUUAACAAUUUCAGAAAGGAAAAAAACACACAAAUGAUGUAGGUUUUUUCCCAUUUUCCUGGUUAUCUUAAGGCCGUCCCCCCUUUCCUGCUCGUUCGGUGCACACAAUUGGAAGUACGCCCUAGUAUGGAAGGAGACGGAUUUUUUAAAACAAACUACGUUCACUGAUGCGUGGUUACUCAUUUUGUUUUGUAUUUUCCUUUUACGUACUGAGCACAUCAUUGUGGUUCGCAUGAUAAGUGCUUGUUGUGGACUGGAUGAGAAAUAAGAGUAUAUUUCUUUAAAGGGAGAAGCUAUAAUUUCCAUCUCUUGGCAGCUAGCCUCCUUUUAUCCCCCCUUUCAGAGCCAGGCAAAAGCUCAGUCUUGGUUGUGAACGGGCUUAUAUACAUCAGAUUGCAUCUGUUUGCUGGACACAUGGAUUUAGGAUUUUCAUUUCCCAGCAAACAGACGGGUCAUACAUUUCGUCGUUUCCAUCCACUCCAGUUCUACAGCUACUUUAUUUUGCAAAGCCAAGUUCUUUGGAUGUUUUUUGAUUUUGGUCAAACUGAAUGUAGUUUAUAUUAUUUUGAAUUUUUUUAAUUUCUUCUUUUUUUUUUUUUCUGUAUUUGUUUUUAGUCCCAGUAGCCGCUACAUCUUACACCUGCAAGAUGUAUGUUUUGUUGGUUUUUUUUUUUUUUUAUAUAUGAGUUGUGUGCGUUUUUUUAUCCUCUUCAUAUUUUAUUCUGACAUGACCCCAUAUUUUUUUUCUGGCCAUUUUUGUGGUGAUUAAAAACAAAAGCUUCUUUUGAGCGUGCAUGUAACAAGACUCUUGGGAAGAAAAGGAAAAAGAGAAAAAGUAAAGUAAGAGACAUUUAACAAAUUGUAAAGAAACUGCUAUGAGUUUUGAUCAGAGCUGCACUUAACUCCUUGCCCCUUCUGUUCUCUGUUUCCCUGGCCUAAAUAUCCUGUCUUUCACCCUUCCUCCCACUACUUCUAGAGUAAAGAAACUUGCUUAAUAUUGUGUAUGUUUAAAUGGCAGAACCAGCUGUUAAGCUCCCACUUAGAGACGUAAAACAGACCAACAAAAAAAACAAAUGACAAGACAUCAAGAAGAAAACAAAAGCAAAAAAUAAAAAAAAUCGUAAAGCAAAUGUCUCCAGGGUACAGUCAACAUUUUUACAUAUUAAAUAACAAUGAGGUUUUGGCUCUCAGCACCUUGACUAGGACUUUUUAAGAGGUUUUUGUUUUACUUUUAACAUGUUAAUUACCAAUAUAAUAAUGGAAGCCCUGUCUGUUCGUGUCACGAAUGUGUGUGUGUUUUGUUUUUUGUUUUUCUUUGUUUGUUUUUGCCCCUUUUCCCUCAGUGGAGGUCCACAAAUCUUUUAAACAGUGGGCUAUUUUUAUUGGCCAAGCUUUAUUCAAGCUCUUGGUGUCCACCAAAAAUGUACAAAGAUUUUUUUUUUUCCCCCUAUCAUGUUAUAUAUGCCGUUGGGUUUUAUUCUAAACAGCAGAUGUUCGACCUGUAAACACUAGCUUAAAAAGUUUGGACCAUUACAAAAAAGUCUGUUGCCUAAUUCAAGUACAGCAGGGUUGAUUUUAUUUAUUCCUAUUUUGUGUGUGAUUUGGGACCAUUAAAAUAUUUUGUACUCUUGAAAUGAAUAAAGCCAGGAGUAUGACAUUUCACAUGAAAAAUCUGCUUCGUUGUAGACGGUUUAAGUGUGUAAAAAAGGCAACAUUUCUGUGAUUAUCUGCAUCUACCAACAGACUUGAAUUUGACAGCAUCUCUGCGGAAGCACGUGUGGUUUUAGUCCUCCUUGCUCCAGUAGGGAUAGUCUAUAAUCCCUGAAAUGAACAAAGAAAACGUUACCUGCGCUCUGGCCUAAAUCCCCAUGUGCUUUUAAACAAACAUGGAGGCUCUUUAGUUUUAUUCUAAUGGCCAUUUGAAUAUAUAAGCUCACCUGCCACGUCAAGGCAAGCCUCAAUAGGUGAGUUCCUACACUAGCCAUUAGAUAUGCUGAUAUCAGCCAAGAGUCUCCAGUGAGACAGGAAGGGGUAUUUUAUAAACCCUUUAACCCUUUAUAGGGCUUCUGCACAUACAGUAAACUUUGCUGAUAUCAGACAAAGUGAGACAAAAAGGGGUGUUUUAUAAACCCUUUAACAUUUAACCCUUUAUAGGGCUUCUGCACAUACAAUAAACUUUGCUGAUAUCAGACAAAGUAUAGACGUCUCUAAUGAGACAUGAAAGGGUGUUUUAUAAACCCCUACAUACUUUACCCUAAAUAGGGCUAUAACAUACAAAUCACCUUGCUGGUAUGAGCUAAAAGGCAAAUUUCUCUGAGACAGGAAGGGGUGCUGCCCCUACAUACUUAUAAAGUCUUAAUAAGACAAACGUGGGAAGGCUGGCAGCAAUGUAACAUAGCUGAGUGAUACAAAAUUCAUAUACAAACACAAAGAUAAAGCACCGCGCUUACAGCAGCAGUGGCUUAGUAAUCCCUGAAAUGUUCUUGUAAAUUGGUUUGAAAGGCACCAAGAUGGGUUUUGGUUGCACUGCAGUUUCCGUUAGGGCCACAUGUACCUUAAUUGUAAGCUGGAACCCCCCAAAAAAUUAAGUGAAUUUUACAUUUUGGACCAAAAUGAAAACACAGCC